AUGACAGUGUCGGAAGACCACAUUAUUCCUACAACACAACCAGCUAGGACUGUAUCCCUGGCAAUGGAAGCAAAUGACAACUUUCUAAGGGAGGUACAGUGUUAUCCCAUAUUCUUCAUACACUAGUAGUGUUGGUAGGCUUGAAAUGUUUGGCCAAAGUAGUUGAAAGAUUUUAAAAUCCAAUGCUAGUAAUCAUUAUUUUUUUUAGGGAUCUUUCUAUAGGGAGUUUCUUUUAAUUCAACCAGUUAACUCUGACUGCAUUUUGUUCACCCUGGGAUAGUCACACAAGAUAAUCCUCUUAAAGGGACACAUUAGGCACCAUAACAAUUUCAUCACAAUUAAGUUGUUAUGUUGCAAGGAGGUCCUGGACUCCGGCUUACCUGGAGGGGUUAAACCAUAAAUUAAUGGUUUAAAUCCAAAGUCGUCAAUCAAGAGCCCAAUUGCUAUGCCCUUGCACUUUGGCACACAUCCCAUUGAGAAAACAGAGGAAAAGAAAGAUACAUACCUUUUCCACUUUAUUUUCUCAAUGGGGAGCUACUGAUAGGCUGAGAGCAUCAGAUGGCACUCACAGCUUAUCCACAGUGUCUUCUUUGAGGCUUCCUGAUUGGAGCUUCGAACAUUGAGUAGCUCUGUACGGGCAGAGUUAUGGGUUGCAGACUUAAAGACCAGUAAAGUACUCUUGUUUAGUGUUUGUUUUUAUUGUUAAUGGCUUGUAAAUGAAACUGAAGCUGAUAUUGUAUCUUUGAUACUUGCUACAUGUAUUAACUAUGUUUAUUUAUUGAUAGCUUUCAACUCCAUUGCCCACUUCUUCAAAUGAGGACAAACAGGCUGUAACAGUUGUCGAUAAGACUCAAAUCCACCCAACUUCGGAAUUGCUGCCGGAGCAUCAAACAGUUUCAAACAAUGUUAUCCAUUCUACCACAUCGAUUGCAAGCAACAUUCCUAUCAGAUCAUGUGAGUAUCCUUUAUAUAAUAAUUGUUUUUAAAAAUAUGUAAUUUGUUAUCAACAUGGUGCUUGAUUUAAGAGUGAAAAUUAUGUUCCAUACUAAACUAAAGAUAAUAUUGCAUAUUUAUCAAUGAAAUACGGACGCUGUUAUGGAAUGAAAGUGCUAAAUGUUAAGAUACAUUGUGUAGGUUUCCAUGGUGAUUGCACAAUAUUUAGCACCUUGCCCCAGAAUACCUUGAUCAAUAUUUACCAUGUGUGUUUCCAUUUCUGACAAUAUUUUGUCUUUGAGUAAGCACGGAAAUGCAAUUCUUGUUUUAACCUUUUCUUCUGGUUCAUUGCAGCAGACUGUCCAGUUAAUCAUUAAUUGUUUUUUACUUCAAAGGACUGGCAUUUUUAAAAUACAGCAUGACAUGAUUAUAAAUAACACAUUAAACUGAUGCUGGUUUUGGUGGUAUUAGUUUUCAAAUAUUGUGCCUUGUGCCACCUUCUCAGUGACAGAAAUAAAUUGAUCUGUCAUGUUCCCCGUGUUACACCUUACUUUAAUAUGCUUAAUUAGCGUCUAGUGGUAUCAGCACUCAUGUGGAGCAGAGUUUAGACAAGAAGAAGAGGAUCAGGCUACAUACAAAGGAACAAUGAUCCUCUACAGUAUUAGUUUUAGGGGCGAGUAAGGCACCUUUGAUGUUUAAAAAUAAAUAUGUUUGUAUACAUAUAAAAGCAGAGGAGUCAUUAGCAGUCCCGUUUUUUUGUGAUUUCGGAAUCAAUUCUGAGAUUAUUAUCUGGGCAGCUGCACAAAUAACCUUUCAGUGUAAUAAUUUAUUUUACAUACAAACAGUGAAUUAUUGAGAAUUCAAAGCAAAUUUCCAGUUAGGUAUGAGCAUGCACUAUGACUGGUUCAACACCCUACUUGAUUAAAACACAGGCUUGUACUGGUUCAUCAAAAUAAAACUGUACUGGCCUCUGUUCUUUUUUUAUUUUUUAUUUUUUUUUUAAAUUUCGUUUUAUUAAAGUGUUUGCGAGGUGAAUAAUUCGCAUUGAGGUUAUGAGCAGUGCGAAACACGCAGGUUUCAAUCAGUUAGAAUCUCGUUUGAGGUCUUGAGAUGCGCAGAUCUCUGAGGGUGCAAAAGUGGUUGAGACUCGCAGGUCUCCGGACAUAAUAAGUUUCUAUUUACUAUAGUCACUUAGCAUGUUGUAGAUUGAUUAAUUACAGUCUGUCAGGUGUGUUAGCUAUGGUCCUGUGGUUGAGAUCGCUCACUUUGCGUUAUGAUAUUAUUUGUGGUUAUAGGUCUUGUCGUUCGCUUAUCCUUGCAGAUUGUAAGCGUCUCUCAGUCUUUAAUGUCGUUCGUCUGUAAUGUGUCUAGAGUGUGGAUGAUGGGAUGGGUGGGGGGUGGUCGGUGAGCAUGUCGUGUCUUUCAGUCACCUUCUUCCCGCCUGUAUCUUCUAUGGCCCCGUCUCACGAUGCCGAUUGGCAUGCGUGUGGGGUUGUGGGGGGGUGUCCUUGUGUCUUUGUGUAGUCCAGUUUAGGGUUUGGUCCCUAGUGUGGCCUCUGUUCUGACCAAAAAAGGGAGUUAAGACAUGAACGGUGCAUCGUCGCCAUAUGGGUGGGCAGAAUUAACCCCACUUACCUAACCCAAUAAGACACUAAAGGUAUAUGCGUCAAUUUGUCCACAGCUUUUAUUAAUAAUAUUCAUAAUAAAUUAACAUUGAAUAAAGUCAUUGCCCCUAACCGCGCCAUUCCACAUACGUAUCCAUAAACUUAUAAAAGGCAAUGACACAUAUCUGAACACAUAAAACAUAUAACAAUAUGAAACAUAGAUAAGUAAAGUCCCUAUGUCUUAAAUAACAAUGGUAGGGGUAUACCCGGAUACCCCUACACCCAACAGGUUCUGAGCCACGACAAGCUGGAAACCUACCAAACUUACCAGGAACCAUAUUAACCGCUUCUAUACCAGCACAAAGAAGAGCAUAUUUUCCUAACCUUCAGCUCAGCUUCAGCUAUCCCGCCACUGUGACAGAACGGGACAACCCAGAAAACCAACCCAGGGAGGGACAAACUCAGCCAAGUAGGCAGAUUAAAAGUGAUUAUAUAUAAAAUGUCUGCCUAUUUAAUUAACUUAACCCCUUAACUAUUAACCUUCCAAUUCCUGACUCAGAGUGCUCUGAUUGGUUGGUUUAAGCCAACCAAUAAGAGUGCUCUGAUAAGUAAAUAGUGAGCCUUACCUGAUUGGUUACCUGUAGGACUCACUGUUUUUUUCGCCAAAAAGUUUUAUUAAGAUUUUGAAAAGAGGUACAGAUGUUAAAAAAACAGUGCAAUACAUCAGCAAUGACAGUUACAUCGAUUAUGAACAUACACUAGUGUGUCUUAUGGUUGCAAUCAAACAAUUGUGUGAUCUUUAUAUACUAAUGUAGUUAUCUCUUUACCACUGGACUGGGAUGUUCAGGUGAAACCCCCCCCUUUUUUUUGUAUGUGUGAACUAAAACCUUAAAGGGACACUCCAGGCACCCAGACCACUUCUGCCCAUUGGAGUGGUCUGGGUGCCAACUCCCACCACCCUUAACCCUGCAAGGGUAAUUAUUGCAGUUUUUCUAAACUGCAAUAAUUACUUUGCAGGCUUAAGUACUCCUCUAGUGGCUGUCUAUCAGUGUUUAUGGAGGAUUUGUGGGUAAGUUCAAAUAUCUUUCUCGACCCAGCAGCCGUCAGGGAUAUAUCGAGUUCCCUUUCCCAGCUAGUGGUAUAUAUCAGGACCUGUUUCGGUUGAGUACUUUGCCGUAUAGAAUACAUAGUGGAUACCUGUUUCUUCUUCAGUGUGUGUUGGGAACAUAGAUGUUCAAAGUUGGAAAGUGCGCAUUUACCCCUGUGAAUGUAUUGUCCUUUGUGUUUGAUGGAAUUGAUGCAAUGCUGAGUGUGUCCUGUCUGGUAAGAGUUUGUCUAAUGACUUGACCCCUGAAUCAUCAAGGAAUGUACCCAGGGGGUUGUUUGUAUGGGGACUAUGAAGAAAUAGUCUUCCAGGGCAACCCAUUGCUUGUCAGUAUGUGCACUAGACCAGUCGUAGAUUCUGGCCAGCAAUAUGGCGUUAUGGUACAGUUCUACGCUAGGUAUACCCAUGCCCCUUUCCCCCUUUGGUCUCAUAAGUAAGCUAUAGGAUAAUCUCGGAUGCCUGUGAGACCAUAUUAAGGAAGUGAAUAGUUUGCGGAUUGUGGUGAAAAACGAUUCUGGGAGAAGUGCCUUAAAACCCAUCUCUUUAGGAAAGCUUAUGGCAUCCCAGAGUAACCUCUACCUUACAUACCUGUCUCUUGCUCUCUCCUAAAGGGCAGCACUCUACUCUUACCUCCAGCUCUGCUUCACCCCCACCUUAUUUGAUUGCUAUUUCCUGUUCUAAUACCCCACCUCCUGUAGACUGUAAGCUCGUUCUAGAAGGGUCCUCCUUAACCUAUCGUUCCUGUAAGUCUUCUUGUAAUUGUCCUAUUUAUAGUUAAAUCUUCCCUUUUAUUAUAUUGUAAAGCGCUACGGAAUCUGUUGGUGCUAUAUAAAUGGCGAUAAUAAUAAUUGUCUCCCCCCUCGCUAUAUUUAGGGUGAGGGGGGUAGGAAGGGCUUUAUUUGAUUUUAUUUGGGGGUCUUGGAAACCCUAGUCAACUGGGGGGGUAUUUUUACAUUUAGGCCCCACCCGUCACUCAUCAGUGGGGAUCAGGGGGGGAGGACAAUAGGUCCCCCCCCCAUUUUAUUUAGCUCCCCUCCACCAGCCAUUCAUGAGGGGGGACCUGGGGGGAAGACAAUAGGUCUCCCCCAUUUUCAUUUAUCAUUUAGGGCCCCCACCCGACGCUCAUGAGUGGGGGUUGGGGGGACGACAAUAGGUUUCCCCCAUUGUCUUUUAGGGCCCCUACACGCCGCUUAUGGGUGGGGGUCAGGGGGAGGACAAUAGUUCCCCCCCCCCAUUUUCAUUUAGGGCCCCCAACUGCCGCUCAUGGGUGGGGGCCGGGGGGGAGGACAAUAGGUCCCCCCAUUGUCCUUUAGAGCCCCCACCUGCCGUUCAUGUACGUUUAGUUGAAUAGACCCCACUAUUAAUUACUAAUACUAAGUAAGCUUUACUUGGUAUUAGUAAAGUUUUCUGAAAGACCAAUCUUAGUCUUUCAGCCUUUUGGUAGAUAGCUCCCUAAUACCGUGGGUGCAGCCGCAUCACGGAUCGGAUCGGAAUUUCAUUCAUUUGAAUGAAAUUGCGAACCGAACUAAAAGUACAGAAUGUCGUCCCAACAUGAAUAAACAAACUGUUCUCAUUCUGUUAGGGUGAAAUUCGAUAGUUCGCCAGCGUUCUAUUUAAAUAACAGGACGUUCGUGAAUAGUGAAAGGAGGCAUUGCGAGAUCAUGGAGAAAAGGUGAGAAUUGUGGGAAAUUGACCAUAGGAAAUGGAGCACACUUUGCUCCUCCGCAAAGCGGUCAUAGCUGGUCAAGCAUAGGAAAUAUACAGAGGACAAAGCAGUCCCUACUUUGUCUUAUUUUUUUAAAGAAAACUAGAGCAGACAGGAAGAAACGAAGAACAGAUCCUGAGAGAGGAAGAGAAGAGGAAGCGAGUAGGGAAAGGUAAGUUCGGCGUGGCAGUGCAGCUUUAAUUGCACAAAUUGCUAUUAUUAAAUCACAUAAAAUGUCUCAGAACAUCCCACACCUGGCCUCACCCCAACCCUAAAAUUAAAAUGUCCCCAUUUGAAAUGUUGGGACAAAAGAUGUUAUGUGCAUGACGGAGUUCUCCACUAAGGAGUUAGAUGUUAAUAAGUAGUAAAACAACUUUUUGAACCAGAUUUUUUAAAUAGGUAUUUAAAUUCUAAGUAUUCACGGACAUUAUCUCAUGAGUUAAAGGAUCAUAUGGAGGACCUGACCUGUUAGAGGGAGAUGACACUGAUCAUGGUUCUAUAGUCCUUUGUAAAAACAGAAGUUUAACGUUACAGAGGUAGCUGAAGAAGAAGAGAUAGGAAAAUAAGAACAAAAAUAAAUCUUUAUCUUUUAUGGAAUAUUUUGUACAUUAAAUAAUUACUUAGUCAUUUCAUGCAGUAUAAUCUUGACUAUCUAUCUUUUUAAUUGCAGUGCAAAUUCUUUCAGUGUCUACUGGAGACAGCAUUCAAGUGCUUCUGCCGAAAAAUGAACUACAGCUUAAUGUCUAUGUGACGCCUGAAUCACCGGCAGGUAUUUCGCAACCCCAGCUAAUGCAUCUGAGUACAGGUGGAUAAAUCUGUAUAGAGACCAAUUAAUAAUGAAAUAAAAAACAGUUGUCGUUGAAAAAAGAAAACUUGUGUUUUACUGGCACAAUAUAACACCAUUUGUGUCAUAUAAAGCUAUGAUUUCUCUAUUUUCAACAGAGAGGCCUUACCAGUUUGAAUGGAGUUUAUUAAAUCAGCCUAAAGAUUUCAAAGGAGAGCUGGAAAUGAAGCAUACAAGAACUCCAAAGCUGUCCACAGUAAGUGAGAAAGUGAUCAUCCCAGUCAGUGGCGUACACACAACCCAUGGGGCCCGGUCGAAAACUGAUCCGUUCCCCGGGCGGAACACAUGGCGCGGGCACCUGGACCACUACAGAUACUCAGAUCACAUCAGCUCAAUGAAGUGGUCUGGGUGCCAGGUCCCUCUAGUUUUAACCAUGUAGCAGAAAACAUAGCAGUUUCAGAGAAACUGCUAUGUUUCACUGAGGGUUAAUCCAGCCUCUUGUGGCUGUCUCAUUGACAGCCGCUAGAGGAGCUUCCGCAAUUCUCACUGUGAAAAUCACAGUGAGAAGACGCUGAACGUCCAUAGGAAAGCAUUGAGUAGUGCUUUCCUAUGGGCGGUUUGAAUGCGCGUGCGGCUCUUGCCGCGCAUGCGCAUUCGGAGCUGAGAGGCGGAUCAGGGCGGAGGGAUCCCCAGCGCCAAGGGAGUCCGGCGCUGGAGAAAGGUAAGUGCUGAAGACACACACACACUCUCACGAACAGAUGUAUACACACUAGCUAACAGACACACACACUCUCAUGAACAGACGCAUACACACUAGCUAACAGACACACACAUUUACUGACAGACACACACUCAGUGACAGACAUACAUACAUACACACUCACUGACAGACAGACACAUACACACUCACUUACAAAACACACACUCACUAACAGACACCAGACUCACUAACAGACGCACACAAACUAACACACUCAGUAACACACACACAGUAACACACACUAACACACACUGACACAAAAACUAACACUAACACACACACACUCUAACACACCCACACACACUCUAACACUAACACACACACUCUAACACUAACACACUAACACACACAAAAACUAGCACUAACACACACACACACACACACACACUCACUCUAACACUAACACACACACUCUAACACUAACACACACACAAAAACUAACACUAACACAAACGUUUUUAAAAAAAAAUUUAAUCCCCCAGCCUCCCUACCUUAGGGAGUGCUGAGGCGAUUCUCUGGGGUCCAGUGGGGCUGCCCAGGGGCCGGUCCUGCGUGCUGGCGGGCGCGCGAGGGAACACUCUCCCCUGAGUGCUUCUUCUUCAGCUCCCUUGCGCGCCGCGUACUGAUGCCGGAGCCGGAAGAUGAUGUCAUCUUCCGGCUCCUGCAUCAGUACGCGGUGCGCGAGGGAGCUGAAGAGGAAGCACUCAGGGGAGAGUGCUCCCUCGCACGCCCGCCAGCCAGCCCGCUGGGUGAUACCAGGGCCUGCUUCGGGGGGCCCUGAGGUGGCCGGCUCUUGGGCCCCCCAGGAGCAGAGGCUGGCCACAGUGGGUACAUACCGGGUCGCAGGGCGACCCCGGUGUGUACUCCACUGAUCCCAGUAUCCCAGGUCAUCACAAUAUAUGCUAGCUGUUUAGUUUCCAUAUGUUAUGUACUUGGCCUGUAGGUUUUCACAUUUUGGGUAUAAUUCAUUUUUUUUUUUCAGUAAACAAAGAAUUUGAGAAUUAUCAAGAGAAUCAUACAACCUAACCAGCUGAUUUUCCAGCUCGGCUAAUUUGGCCUACAGAUUUUAAUUUCCGUUUCAGUUUUCCUUUACAAUUCCUGUUUUCAUGGAUGUACCGUGUGAAUCCAAAAAAUUAAGGUUUUUUUGCAUUGAACUUUUCAGUUGCUAAAAUGGGCUGAAUAGAACUUUCGUUAUUUAGUUUAGUUUUUUUAAUAAAUAAUUAUUAAGUACCUAUUAUUAUUUUGUCUUACAUGACGCUAUAAUGACAUUAUAAUUAAGGGAGACCUUCUCUAUUUUUCUGUAUUAAUGUCCCUCUUUACUAGGAGCUCCAUACUGGUUGUGUAUAUGAGUGUAUAACAGAGUUUCACAGUAACAUGACUUCAAACUAUAAUAAAUAUGUUUAGAAAUCAGUUUGUUUAAAUAAGAUAUGCAUGGGGUGUGCUGCUCAUGAGAGGGCCGUCUGCUCCAAAAAAGGGGUGAGCCCAACAUCUGACAAGCAUCCUGGCUGGCCCACAGCUGUCAGGACUAUGCAGUCAGCUCUUUUGAAGCGCCCCCUGCAUGGUCCUUGUGCCCGCUGCACAGUACGAGCGCAUCACAGUGCAAGCACGUCAGUUGGGGGGCAUGGAUAUGUUCUUGUUGUAAACACUAGUUUAAUACAAAAACUAUUAUUUAGUCACCUAAAGUAAGUGCUUUCACACUUAUUUGCUUGCAGUGAAGCCCGUCCCCAUGUAGGGGCUAUCAGAGAGGAUUGGCCUGCUUGGGAAAGUAAACAGAAAAAAGAUUAAGAGUGGAGCAGUAUUUUUCCAUAUGUUUAGAUGAUAUGUCCCCAAAACAAAUAAAUACACUAUAUACAGGUGAAGGCAAUAGUAGAAAGUGUAUUGGCAAAGUGUCCCUAGCAGGACCAGGUGAAACAGAGGCAGCAGAGACUGUUUGGUAAUACGACAUUGUAAAACCCACUGAUCUCAGAGAAUGGUGUUACUGAAAUGAGGGGCAAUAGAUUAGUUCUAAUGUAACAGGUCUUAAAGCAUAUAUAUAUAUAGUUUAUUACUAUGAUAAAUGAUCUAUUUACUGGCCUGCGAGCUGUUAUAUGUUAAAGUGAACCUGGCGUGACAAGUUCACUUGAAAUGAACAUCACUGUAUAAAAAUUUGAAUUUCCACAGAUUUUAUAUAUAUAUAUAUCUAUAUAAGUUCUGUAUGUCUCCUCAGACAGACAGACAGACAUAGAGAAACAGGCAGAGAUAGACAGACAGACAGAUAGAUAGAUAGAUAGAUAGAUAAUAGAUAUUAGCUAUCUGUAAAGAGCAUUUUCUGGUUACUCCUUGCCAUCAAUGCAUCUUCUGCAUCAUAUUUACUAUUUUAAAUAAUUUUCACUUGAGGGUACACAUGAUCCUUUGCUUUUUUAGUUACCUGUUGGACUGUAUUUGCUGAGAGUGGCUGUGUCAAAUGAAACUGCUUACGGAGAAGGAUUUCUCAAUAUAACUGUAAAACCAGGUAACUACAUGUAUUGCAUGUCCAGGACAUUGUAAUCAUUUAAUAUUAUGCGUAUUUAGUUAUAAAACCAUUUGCAUUAUUUAACACUGAUUUUUCAGGUUUGUGCCUUUGAGAAAUUCAAAUAGAGACACGUUCCUUCACAAGUUGGUGUAAUGAUGCGUUUGGUGUAUAUUGUGAUAUUUUAAUGCAUUAAUAAAAAGUAACAGCUUUGCUAUUAAAUUUCACGCUACACCCACCGUUUACUAAAAUGGACUCAAGCUGCUUAUACACUCAUAUGUUUAUUCACUAAAGUGAGAAUUCAAAGUGAAUUUUAUAUUUAAGAACAAAGUAGCUGAACUGUAAACAUAGUUGGAUUUCUCCAGUUCAGCUAUUUUGGCCUUAAAUUUGAAUUCUUACUUUAGUGACUAACUCUGCUAGUGUCUACAGUAUUUGGUACAACUGCUCAUUCUCCAGAUAGCCAAAUAUUGUGUCUUAUGGCUAAAAUCCGUUAAGUACGCAGGCACGGCCAGGCAGAUUAGAUUUAUUUUUUGGGGUUAAAAUAUUAGAAUGGGGAAUAUGUGUUAUCGAAGCAACUUUGUCAAUGGAAUGAUUGCUGGUGUGAGGCGUGGUGGAUCAAGCAACACAGAAAUACCUGGCACUUUGGCAUUUUAAUGCGCUGCAGUUUCUAACAUUUACAGAGAACUGUGCAAAAAAAGGACUGUAAUCAGUGAGUGUCACUUUUGUGACAAAUACACCUUGUUAACCCCUUAAAAAUGCAUGACGGAAUUAUCCCAUCAUAAAUGUCUUUCCCUUGCACCCAUGACGGAAUAUUUCCAUCAUCUGGUAUUUAACCAGCAGGGUUUCUCUCUGUCAGUGAGGGACAAUUUUAGUGGCCCCACACUGACACAUGAGCUGCGUGCAGUGCUCAAAGUGAUUGCGGCAUGCAUCAAUUAAUAUGGGGACUUAAAUCCCCAUAGAUAGGAAUGCAGUUUGAGCAGGGUUAAAUCGCUGCUCAUACUUGGGAGACUGAAGUAUCAAUCGAUAAGUUAGACUCCCCUCUGUUAGCUGGGGUCACAAUUAGUGGCGCCAAACUGACCGAUGAGCUGCAUACAGUGUUCAGAGGGAUUCUCCGUGAAGAGCUUGUGUGUGGUAGACCCCUAGGGUCUCCCUGCAUGCCCCAAUGCCCAGUUGUCCAACACCAAUCAUAGUAUGAAUGCAUUGUAUUUUUUCAGUGUGACAGGUGUCUGUCAUGCUGAAUAUAGCCAGCAGAGGGUGGCAAUAUACCAAUUUCUACUGUUGUAGGUUAGAAUUCCCGUUUCUAAUAUCAGUGCUGAUAUUAACAGAGGGAAACCCUUGGGAUUAGGAUUAGAUUAAGGAUUAGCAUUAAGUUUAGGAUUAGUAUGAGUUUUCGAAGUAGGUUUAGGACUGAGGUUCUGAUAAGAACUAGGAUUAUGACUGAAAAUAAGCAAGAAAAUUCCAGCAGUGUGAAUCCUUCUAAAACUAUUGUUAGGGUUAGUAUCGAAGUUAGAAUUGGAAUUAAUGUUAGGAUUAGGGUUCAAGUUAGGAAUUAGGGUGAGGUUUAUGAUUAGGAUUACAUUUAGGAUUAAGAUUUGGUUUACACUUAGUGUUUGGUUUAGAAUUAGGAAUAGUAUUAAGACUGUUACUUUGUAAAGGUAUAAGUAUGAAGUAUUGCUGUACUCAGGAGAUGUUGCUGAGUACAGUUCGAAUAAUUUUAUUACAGUGGCACACAUAAAUAAGUAGCAAAGUUACGUGUAUGUAAACAUUCAAGAUUUAAUAAAACAAACUUUGAAAAAAAAUGGGGGGAAAAGGGCACCUCAAUGAAGCUCAAAAUAUAUUAUGUGAUGGGGCCAUAUUCUACUGCUCCUGGAUAAAAAUACCUAAUCUGGCUAUAUAUAGGAGCAUGUCUAAUCAUCCAAAAUCAGGAGUGCCAGAUUUAGCUGGGGGACUACCUAAGGAUUCUAUCGAUGACUUUCUUUUACAGAUCACAUGCCAAUUUGCCACGCAAACCUUGACGGAGCUUAAGGCCUGGAUGGCUUCGGAUUGCAGUUGCUUACUUGGGAGUGUUUGCAGACUUUAGCACAUACUUACCUCCCUGCAUGAGGAAUCCAGCCUACAUGGAGAUCGGAUGCAAAACACAGAAGAUGCCUGCUGCAGCACCAGCUGCGUAAAUGUACACCAUGUACCAAGAUGGUGGACCUCGCAGAACUGGAGGCCUCCACUGACCUGAAGGAUGAGGCAUAUUCAUACUAGUUCAUAGGAAUACUGGGCUCAAUCCUUCCACCUUGGGCACCCUCAUUGAGACUCAGGGUGGUGGCCCUUGCUACUAAACAAGAUAUCUCAAACUUAUAUGAAAACAUUCUUGACGAAAGCCACUUCGCCACUGGGCUUUGGAGAGGACUACUUGCCAGCCUUUUACCCUGUGACUAUGGCCCUUUAAUUUAUUUUGGCUGAGAGACCCUAAUUGUGCCCAUCGGGACUUUAAACAUUGGUUCUUCGAACUCCUGAACAGUCGAAGUUCGCAUGGGCUAAAACCGCGAACAGACUUCAGGGGGACCUAGCCGCGAAUGCCCUGGAAUUAUUUUCACCUGAAAACCUUGCGGUUCCCGGUUGGUCCUCCAGCCGCGAUUCUAUGGAACUGUUUUGGGCAUGAAAUCCUGUGUUCGCCUGGGCAAAACUAUGACUUUCAUAGAAUUUCUGACCCCCUGAUCUGAUCUGGGUGAUUUGUGGAUAUGUUGUUCACCUAGAUCAGGGCUAUCAGGGGAUGCUAUGUGCUUUGGGGUACUUUUGGGACUUUUUAGAAAUGUGUGUUUUUUUGUGUUUGGAGAUAAUUGAGUUUAGUAUAUUGCUUGAUUCAAUUAUCUCCAAAUUAAAGGGGAAGGCUUAUUGUAUUGCAUGUGGGAGUGUCAUACAUUGUAAACGUAUUAUCAUUGAUUUGUAAGUUUGUGUCCCUGUCCCCAACAAGGUCGAUGUGGAUUUUAUGGGGAUAUGUUGUGUUUAUUGGACUUUGUAAAAUGUGUGUUGCCUGUGGAUAAUUAAAGGAUCACUAUAGGGUCAGGAACACAAACAUGUAUUCCGGACCCUAUAGUGUUAAAACCACCAUCUAGCCCCCCUGGGCCCCGCAUGCCUCCAUAAAUAUAGUAAAAAUCUUACUGUAUUCAAGCCUGAAGCGGUAGAUCUGAAUGCUGUUAGACUCACAAAAACAAGAAGUCUGCUGACAUCAUCAGAAGUGGUAGCCUGAUCCAAUCACAAUGCUUCCCCAUAGGAUUGGCUGAGCCAGCAUGAUUCAAACACAGCCCUGGCCAAUCAGCAUCUGCUCAUAGAGAUGAAUUGAAUCAAUGAAUCUCUAUGAGGAAAGUUCAGUGUCUGCAUGCAGAGGGAGGAGACACUGAAUGUUUGGAUGCAUUUUAGGCAGCCAUGACCCAGGAAGGAUCUGUAACAGCUAUCUGAGGAGUGGCCAGUGAAGUUAUCACUAGGCUGUAAUGUAAACACUGCAUUUUCUCUGAAAAGACAGUGUUUACAGCAAAAAGCCUGAAGGUAAUGAUUCUACUCGCCAGAACAAAUUCAAUAAGCUGCAGUUGUUCUGGUGACUAUAGUGUCCCUUUAAGUUAAUGUAUUAACUACCUUAAUUAUAUCCCAUGCAGAGGGGAGGGUUUGUUUACUGUAUGUGGGAGUGUUGUACUGUUAAUUACUGUUUUCAUUGGUUUAUGUCCCUUGUGUCCCAGUUCCCCAUCAGGUCCAGUGGGUGUGCCUCUGGCCUGAAAAAUUGUAUAAAAAUCCAACCUGUACCAGUAAACUCUCAGACCUUCUUACAGUCAACUCGCAGCCUCGUCUCGUGUUGUAGGGAACUGCUAUAUCACUACAAGGGAUUGCUAUGAUCAUUAUACUCCCUUGGAUAAUCACUAGCUCUUGUAAGAGCUGUUCCUGCUACGCUCUCUGAAGGUAGAGCGUUCCCUCCACUGGAGCCUUGUCAUAGGUCCAGGGUGGGUAGGAGACGGUGAGACCCCAACCAAGCUGCGGCGGUUCGUGGGGUCAGUGCUUAUGGUGUCUGGUGCGGUGCUGAUGGUCCUUGGUGAGCAAUAGGAGCAUCGAUUGACGGAGGGUCCGUCACAACACUCAGAAACCAUUUGAUGCAACAUGAAAAACAGAAACUCCAAGCGGCAACUGACCAUAAGCAGGGUCUAUUAGCUCUGAAGGAAACCGUACAACAGUUACAAGUUUCACACUCCAAACUUACUCUAAGAGUGUACUGGAGUCAGAGGAAAACUUAGAGGGAUAUCGGAUGCAGUGACCCCAGAAGAACUCCCCCAUUUUCGUAUACGACUAAUGGCUCAGUGAUGUCAAUUAAACAAGUUAAAUUAAUAACAUUAGACAAUGCCUACCGAAUUGCCAGGUCUCCUGAGCACCAGCAGCCUCCCCAAGAGACAUUAUACUUUGAUGUCAAUACUAUGCAAAUAAGCAAAAGCUAAUGAGAUUCUCCAGGAUAUGACACCUCUUGAAUUUGAAUCGUAUCAUUUCACCUUCUUCCAAGACCUCAAUCGCUCCACACUGCUAUGGCGGAAGUCUUGCCAUAGACUUGCAUUGGCGGUCUGCAAGGAGAAAAAGAUCUAUAAGGCCACAUUCCCUCAAGAAGCUUCCACUUUUCUUACAGCUCUUGACUUGGAAGAAUCAUCUCAAGCAGUACCAGGACCUUUGCUUAACCGUACCUGAAAUAUCCCAAAUGUGCCAACCAGGGGACUGGUUUUUGAGUUGGUUUUUGUAGAACCUUGUUUUAAUUUUUUUGUGUUCAGACUCUCCAUUAUAUUUAUUUUAUACUUACCAAAGAACCACAAUAGGGCAUCCUUGAGGUGUCUCAGCCAUGGUUAAGGAUAUAAACCUACAUAUUCAGCUUAUGUUUCUAACCUAACACUUGGAAUAGUUUAGAUUUAGUGCGAACCAGCACAGAUACUUCUCACCAACUAUCUCCCCUUCCCCCCCCCCAACCCCAACCCGCUGGUUAGAGGUACUUAUCCACUCUGGAAGAGCUUUGUUUUUUCUUUUUAGUUUGUGUGUUUGAAAAGUGCCAUAUACUUCCAAUUCUGAGUUACAUAAAGAAAAAUGCUCAGGCACUCACUGUGUUAAAGUAAAUAAAUGCACAGCAAUGUUUCGACCUGCACCCACGUCUUUGUCAAGCUUGUGAUGAAUAUAUCCAGUUGUGUGGCAAAUUAGUUUUCUGUGAUGGCUGUAAAAUUUACUUAACAUUGGGUUAAGGUAAAAGGUGAAUAUCCAGAUAUGAAAGGUCAAGGGAGAAUAACCAUAUAUUUUCAAUCUAACCAAUAAGUAACACUCAUGCACUAUUUGGAACAGUGAUGCGCAAAAAAAGCAUAAUUGAACACACAGCAAAGCAAAUAUUGAACAUGAUGGGCUACAUCAUAACUGCUCCAGCUUAUUGGCUAAUAACAGAAAGAUUAUGAUAAAGAAAAAUGGCACUGAUGAAACUUCUUUUCUCUUGCUAUAUGGGAAUAGUCACAUGAUUCCAUAGAGCCUUCUUGCCUUAUCUAUGUGUUACAGGAUAGAAUUGGUUUAAAGCAGUAGGAAAAUGGUACAAACCCUUAAAAUUAGUGGAGCAUCAUUUAAAUAUUGUGGAAUUCAAGCAUAAUCAUCUACAUAUUUCACGUUGGUUGUGAAAGUCUGGAACAAUAUAACCCCUUACCAUUAUCUCGUAAUCUUGUGCCUUUGGAUAUUGCAUAUGUUCGUAGUGGGUAGACAUGGAUUAAACUGGUGCAGUUUGUAGGCUAAGUAAGAUUUUUGGUGGUGAUGGAAUCACAAGUGAAUCUAAAGAUUAUUCAUCGGUGAUCUUAUAUAUAUAUAUAUAUAUAUUAAAAGGACACUGCACUGCCCAGUUACAAAAUAAAUACAAAUCUGUUUAGUAGAAGUACCCCAAAUGUAAACAUACAUGCGUUUAAUUAUGGAUUUUCAUUGGGGAUACAUCUAAAAACAUGUUGCAAAGCAUGCAUUUCUCUUGUCUGCUGCCUUUGCAAGCCCUCCCCUUCUAACCCUGCCCAGACCUUCUGUGACUGUCCAAUCACAGACUUUCCAAUGCAGCUCAAUAAGACGUAUUUGCAAGGCAGGUGCUCUGGGCAGUUGCUUCCUCUUGAGUUUAGCUUCAUUGAACUAACCAAAACAGGAAAUAAAAGGAUCUCUUUUCUGCAUGAAAUCCAAGGGGGUGUAACCAGGUUAGUUUAUAAAAGUGUCAAUUUCUAUUGAAAUCUUCCCUUUUUCAAAAUGAAAAAAAUAGGACACACUCUUCACACAUAAAGCUUUUCAGCAAGCUAAAGUGAUUUAAGGUUCUGGAGUGUCUAUUAAGAAUAAUUAGCAAUAUGUCUUCUGAGCAGAUCCUAAUUCUGAAGGAGACUUUAUGUUGGUUUGAUAUGUAUCUUACUUUAUGGUGUUGUUUUUGAUUUAUUGCAGCAGUGCAUGUCAAUCAGCCUCCAGUGGCAGUUGUGUAUCCAGUAACGCAACAAAUAUCUUUACCGACAUCAUAUACUUAUAUCGAUGGAAGCAGUAUGUAUAACUCUUUAUUUCUUCAAUUUACAAUUUCUUAACAAGAAAAUGGCACAUAUUGAUUGGUGUUCUAUAGGUAGAAUCAUUAGUGGCGAUUUUCAUUCCUCUUGGUAAAAGUUAAUGAUAUUAAGUAUAUAAGACUUUUAGACUUAAUGGAUCUCUACUUAGACUAAAGUCAUAAAAAUUGUUUUGGUAUUUACACGCGUUUUACCUUCUUUUGAAAGGUUGCAACGUAGUAGUAACACAAUUAGUGCUGUAUGUAAUUUGUGAAGAAAUUGUUCGUAUGCAUGUUAGUCUUAAUUAGAACAAUAACUCCACCAUUAAAAUAUAACUGUAUUAUCAUUUCAAGGUUUCAAAUUGCCAUUUAUAUUUAUAUUAUCGCUAACUGUUUAGGUAUAAACAAUAUACCAUGGCACAAAAUUCCUUCAACCUGAUGAUAAUGAGCCUGAUCUACUGAACUUUUCUUUGGGCUUCUGGAUUAUUUACAGCUGUACCGGGGCCAUUUUAAUACAAUACCGUUGUCUGACAUCAUCAAAAGACUCUUCAGUGAAGCUGUUUGCAUAGUUCUGUACAAUUGACAUAUUUUUCUGUUGUAUAUGCAUUAUAGUUUUCUGACAUUCUUAGGGUUAUUUAUUUAAAGGGACACUAUAGUCAUCAGUACAACUACUGCUUAUUGUUGUUUAUCUAGUGAGUAUAGUCAGUCCCUGCAGGCUUUUUAAUGUAAAAACUGUUUUCUCAGAGGAAAGACAGUGUUUACAUUACAGACAAAGAACAUCACCAGUGACCAGUGUGCAGCACUGACAUUCAGCCUUUCAAUGAAGAGAGAAUCAAUGCAUCUAUAUGAGGAUAUGCUGAUUGGCUAGGGCAGAGAUUGGCUCUGCCCCCACCCCACCUCGGCUCCUUGGCUGAGGUAUUUAGAAUUGAUGAUCUCAGCCAAUCCAAUGUUUUCAUAUGGGAAAGCAUUGUGAUGGGCUAAGAUCAUCAAUUCUGAAGAUGUCAGCCAAGGAGGGGCGGAGCCAGACACAAGGAGCCAUGUGCGUCUCAGGAAAAAGGUGAGUAAAUCACCUUUCUAACAAGAGGUAAGAGGGGGCCGACCAUCUAAUCAUUGUUUUAGAAACACAGUGUCAGGAAUACAUGUUUCCUGACCCUAUAGUGCCCCUUUAAGUCAGAAUUAUCGAAUUUAAAAUUUAAAGCAUAGCUGACUUGGAGAACUAUUCAUGUUCAACUCACCUGCAUGUGCGAGAGUACAGUUGUGAUAUCGGCUAAGAGCUGAAGAGAUCUUGACAGAACAAGAUAGCCACGCCUGCAAGAGACCUGUUCAGGUAAGUAAAUCUCACCUUUACUUGUCUCCCCAGCUACCGUACCCCCAACUACGAUAUCACCGUCGGGGGUAUUUGCAAAUUCAGCAAAGUCCCCAGAUGGUGACAGUGACGCUUUAAAUUUGAAAUUCACUUUGAGUUCCAGGCAAUUCUUACUUUAGUGAAUAACCCUGUCUGUUUACUUAUAAAAACCAAAUUAAGACAGAAUGUUUAGAAAAUGAAUAAAUCUUGGGAAAAUAUACAUAAAUACAUACAUAAAAUACAUAACAUAUAGACAAUAAUUUAUGCAUACAUCUGUUUUACUACUAAAAUGUUUUGUACUAUAUAUUUAAGUUAAAUUAUUAAUUACUAUAUUUUUUCCACAGAAAGCACUGAUGAUGAUAAAAUAGUAACGUAUCAUUGGGAGGAGAUAAAAGGUCCUUUACCCGAACAGAGGACAUCUGGAGACUCUCCAGUCUUGCAUUUGUCUGGCAUGAUAAUAGGAAAUUACACUUUCAGGUGAGACCCACCAUAAUAAAAUCUCUAAAACAUGAUGCUGUGCUAGAAACAAAAAAAAUAAAAAAAUAGACAACACACAAAAAGAGAACUUUGAGAAGUCCUCCUAUGGCAAACAAACUCAAGAAAUCUUGUAUCAACAUAAAUCCAAAGUAGGAACAGUACUCACCAGUCAGGAAAAUUGUGCCACUUAGAUAAUGGAAACUAUAAAUCCCUAAAUCUAUUCUAAAAUAAGCGAUAAAUAUCCAGAGAUACAUAGGCUUCUUCGAAGAUGCAGACUUUAUUUAGAGUUGAACAGGCAACAUUUUGGCUCAAGAUAAAGGCUUUUGUAAGCUAAAAUGUUGGAUAUUCGACUCUAAAUAAAGUCUGCAUCUUUGAAUGAGCCUAUGUCUACCCGAAAUCAUGUUUCCACAACACUAUCCCAGAGUUCCUAGCUUGACGUACAGAUGAUUACAGACAAGCAUUGUAUUUCAGACUUCAUACAUUUCUGCAGGUAAACAGUGGCGUAACUACCAGUAUCGCAAAAGUCGCAAACUGCGACCGGGCCUUGGAGUUCCUCCUGUCGGGGGGCCCAGCGGAGACCAUGUGCCCCUGUAUUUGUGCGUGGCAGUGCAUAUGUAUUUGUGAAUACACAUUUGCAUGCAAUUACCAAUAUUACACAAAAACACACCCCUGCAUUCAAACGCCAACACUGAACACAAAAGCAGUUCUGCAUUCAAAUGUCAACACUAGACACACACGCGGGAAUUCACAUGCCAACAUUGGAGACAAACAUACCCCUGCAAACAUACACUAAUACUACAUAAGAAAUUUUGCAUUCAAACAUCAACACCAUGUACACGCCUGCGUUUAAAUUCCAACACUACACACAAACAGACCCCCUGCAUUAACACAUCAGCAUUAUACACAAAUAGACAAACAUUCAUACAAGUAUACUCCACACAAAAACAUGCCUACAUUCACAAAUACUGCAUAAAAAUAGAACCCUGCAAAAAUAGGUGACUAAUGGAUACACAGAUGGCAAAGCAUCAUGGGAAUUAUAUGGCAGCUGAGGAUCUACUUAUUGGGCACCUCUGUUUAACAGCAGAUGUGGGGCUCUUAACAGAUUCUUGCACUGGACCCUGAGGUUUCUAGUUACGCCCCAGCAAGUACCUUAAACAAUGGACAUUGUUUUAAGCACAGCUUUUUCUUUUUUCUUUUUUUUUACCCAUAUCAUGUGUUCUGAUAGUUUUAACACUACUGUCUUGCAGACUAACUGUGACUGACUCAGAUGGAAUUGUAAACUCUACCACAGCCAAUGUAACAGUGAACGCUCCUGUGGAUUACCCACCACUUGCCAAUGCUGGGCCUAAUCAAGUUAUAACCCUUCCCCAAAACUACAUUACUUUGAAUGGAAAUGAGAGCAGUGAUGACCACCAGAUUGUCAGCUACAAGUGGUCCCUCAGUCCCAACAGUAAAGGCAAAAUAGUGGCCAUGAAGGUAUCUUAGUAGGUGCUCUCUUUCUCUCUUUGUCUUGUGUAUAUGAUAUUCUGAUUUACUAAACAUUUGUCAAGAUGUCUACGUUUACAUAGUUUAUAGUUUGUCAAUGUUCUUACCGGGAUCAUUGCUAAACUUAACUAAUAUAAAGAUAGAUUAUGUCUUCGUAUAGGGGUUUGGAAAAGAUAUGAUAAACGUAACGUUUUGCUGUUUUUUAGAACAAAAGCAAAGUUUUAAGUUAUACUCAAAAUGGAAUGAUCAGAAGAUUGGAAUUUUGGGUAACAUUGUUGAUGACCGUCUUAGCAAAAGUUUGCAAUGUCAGUCAACAAGGUUAAGGGCCAGUACAGUAUUAUAAUGUGUGUAAAAUAGUAUACUAUGCAUUCAUUUGAAGAGAAUCAAAAGGAAGAAUCUCACCUCGACUAUGCAGUGCAAUUAGCAAAUGGAAUGGAGAAAUAUGGUUAUGAAGAAAAGGUGUAAAAAAUAUAACAUAUAUUAGAAAACAUAUAAUAUAAAAAUACAGAGUACAUAUAAGGCCAAUACAACAGUUGGGGACUUGUUUAUUAACAGUACUUUACAAAGAACAAUAGACUGCCCAUUGAAACAUAAGAAUAUGAGAUUUCAAUAAACGUAUGGAACUCUUUGGGUGGAGAAAUUGUGUUGCCAAAUUACACAUGGCAUUUUUAAUAGGCAAUGCCUUUUUGGGUUUUUUUUGGUUUUUUUUUUUAAAGAAAAGCAGGUUAAACAUGGCUAAAAUGUAACAUAUUCAAGACUUUGCCAACACUCAUCCCUGUGGCUUAUGUAUAACGUUUGAUGUAACUUAUUUUAAUUUGUACUUGUCUGAUUUCAUUAUUAGGUUAAUGUAACUACAUUUUAAUAAUGUUACAAGGAACAUUCAUUCCUCACCCCUUAUUUUCUACUAUAUACCAAAUAUUAAAGUAUCAUUUCCCAUGGGGACAUUUUCCAAGUCACUAGUGGAUACAUUUUUGGGGGUUUAUUCACUAAACACUGAAUUAAAGUGAAUUUUAAAAUAAUUCAGACUUAAAAAGCAACACUGGUGCUAUAGCUGAGAAUUAGUCAAAAACAGCUAUUCUUGCCUGUAUUUUCCAGUUCAGUUUUCAAUUCACAACAAUGCAGUGUUUAUGGAAUACAGCUGUAAAUGUUUACUUAAUACAUGUUUACUUAAUCUACUUUUUAUUGAAAUUAUAGUAACAUAUAUAUUUUUCUUUUUUUUACUGAGCACAGGGUGUGAUUUCUCCAUAUCUCCAAGCAACUGCAAUGGAAGUGGGAAAUUAUACAUUUCAACUGUCAGUAACAGAUUCAUCUAACCAGCAAUCUGUUGCUGAUGUCACAGUGAUUGUGCAGCCCGGUAUGUGUGAUUCUCACAAUGACUAACCAUAUGUCAGCCUGUUCAAAGAUAAGUAUAUAAGAAAAACAGUAUGAAACAGCAGACAUGUUAAAUGGGAAAUUGCUGUGUACGAAAAGGCCAAAAAGUACAUUACAUUCAGUGAUAAAUGGUGUUAUUGAUAGGGCUCUGAUUGCACAUCCAAAUUGCAAGAUUCUGUUGUUACAACCAAACAUCCCAAUUGCCUAGGUGUGUAUGCGUAUGGUUUGGUAGAGAUUUUGUUACUUUAUUUUUUAGUCAAAGAUUACUUACUCCAGAGGAUGUUUUGUAUCACUGCAGAAUUUAGAAAGGUGACUUUAAUGGAACAAUUUGUGUAUGUGAGCCAUGUGCAUGCCCUUUCAUAAGUUUUCAUAUGGGUGACUAUUUUACUUAGUAAAAGUUUGGAAAAUUAACCGAGCCUUGGGAAUCAAUAUUAUACAUUCUUUAGUGGGAGGAAUAAACAAUUCUGAACAGGUGGCCCCACCAAGAUUACCUGCUCUUAUUAUAUUAUUAUUAUUAUUAUUAUUAUUAUAUAUUAAAUUAUAUUAUCUAAUGCCCUGUAAUAUAAGGAGUGUACACUCUCAUAUUAUUUAAAUAAUUAGCAAAUCCUACUGCUUGGGAACGCAAACUAGGAAACAUGUCCUGUUGCUCAGUGCUGACUUGCUGAUCCCUUCCUGGUUAAAGGACUACUCCAUACUGGAAAAACAAACAAACAAUACAGUUUAGUAGAUUUACCCCAAUAAAUACAUGCAAGCACAUAUUUAUGUAUGUAUUUUUGGGGGAUGUAGUCUAAAACAGCUUUCAAAGGCUGCAUUUCUCAUAAGUGCAGCCUUUGCAAGUCUUCCCCAUUUCACUGGAAGUGACUUUCCGUCAAUUCAUGGAAAAUUGUCCAAUCAGAGGCUUCUCAUAGAGAAGCCUUUGUUUCUAUUCUAUCUGUUUCCUCAACCCCACGAGUCACUGUGUCUUGCGAUUUUUUCCAAUUUCCUCAGCCCUCCGUGUGUCUUAUCCCUCAUUAAGCCUCUCCAUGUCUCACAUUCCCCACCUCAGCCCCUCCAUGUGUCUCAUUCCUCACCUCAGCUCUUCCGUGUAUCACAUACCCCCCCAGCCCAUUCAUGUGUCUCAAUUUUCCCCUAAGCCCAUCCAUGUGUUUCACCCCUCUAUAGCUCCUCCAUGUGUCUCAUUUUCGGCAAGGUCAGGAGAUAUGGGAAAGGUGGGGAAUACUUGAUGCAGAGAAUGCCAGUCACACCAAGUAUCUCAGUUAGCUUGAUAUGUGUUAGGUUAGGAAGCAUGCAACCCAUCUAUGAUACAAGUAGACUCUACUUUUCAGAUCCAGACCCUGACACAUGCUGCAUUAAGCCACCUCAAGAAGGUUGGAAGGGCUGACUGCUGUUAGUAAGCGUUUUACUAGAGGAUACUUACAUUUAUGUAGAGAUAAAGAAAGCAGAUACAAUAACACCACUGUCAGGGUAAAGGGAAUUGAAUUAUGUGUAAUAAGUUAAAUCAAGGCUCCGAUAUAUUAUAAAAGAUUUUCAGUUACCCAUAUGUGAGCUGGUGAGCCUCUACCUAUAAGACAACUCCAGAACCUGUAGAGUAUUUGAGGAAAGAGUCUUUGUAAAUGGAAGAGUGCCAUAUGCCACUAAGACAUACUUUUAUAAUUGCUUUUCUGUGUAGCCACAUUAGCUGACUUGUGGUGAGUGAGAUGCAAUAUCAUUUUCCAUUCUGCCACUGUAUUAGGAAUUUGCAAGUCUUGCACCCAACUAUGUUUGAAUAUUGGGAGCAUAAGGGAAACAGUUUGGUAAGGCAUAGAUCACAGACAAGUGUCUUCCUGUGCAUAGUGCACCAAUCCCUGAAUGUGGAUAUGGGCCUAGUUCCUGGAGGUAGUUCGGUAAUGCUUGUAUAAAGUGGGUCAAUUGAGGGUAACAAAAAUUCUCUAAAAAAAUUAGUUUGAUAUUGAAGCAAAUCAGAGAGAUUACGGAUGCCUGCAUCUGAGGGCAUGUCAACGCUGAAGAAAGGAUGUAGAAGAGUUAGUAAAACAGGCACAAUCUGUGGAUCCUGGGGGAAAAAGCAGAUUACUUGUAAGGGGAAGGAGAGGGGAAGGUUGUACAGACAAAAACAUAGACUGUCUAGCUUGAUCGCAAACCUGCAGGAUAGAAAAAAUAGUUGGGUGCUUACAUGUGCAUAAAAGUGUAGGCUUAGCAGUUUUCCAGUAAGAAGUAAGACACUUUAAUGGGCUUCAUGGGAAAAAGAAAGAGGAUGAGUUCUUGUGUCCAGAAUUUCCAGCAAUAUAAAGCCUGUCCUAGAACUGCCAUUAUACCAUUCAUUAUAUUUCUAUCACAGAAAUUGACAAGCCACCUGUAGCAGACACAGGUCCUGAUAAAGAACUGACAUAUCCAGUGGAAUCUACAAUAUUAGAUGGAAGUAAAAGCAGAGAUGAUCAAGGCAUUGUUUCUUAUGAAUGGGAGUUAAUCAGGUAUUUAUGCUAAGUUAAGUUAACAAAUUAUUUUUAAAUGGGGACUCUUAAAAUUGAUUGAGUAUAUGGCUUACAGUCCAACAAACUCAAUCAGUAUAUAAAGCUCUCAAAACAUUAACAUAAAUAUAAGUAACAUGUAUUUUUUUUUAAAGUCACAAUAUUAAAUUACCUGCUUAUUAUAUGAGUACUGAGAUGUGAAAUCGAAAUGUUUAUUAUAAUGCUUAUAACAAAGAGUUGUAGUUUGGGUAAUUUGUAAAGAAUCAGUACCUAAGUUUGGGAAAUACUGAUUUGCAAACUGCCAGCACUGUAUGUGAACUAGGUCUAUAUGGCCGUAACGCCACACAUGGUACAUAUAGUUGUCUAUGUACACUAAAGCAUAUUUGUAAUAGCAGACUUCUAUUUCAGGUUGAUUGCAUUAUAAUAAUAAUAAUGUUUACAUUAUAGUGGGCCAACCGCUGUUACCAUACAGGACAGCGAUAAAGCAGUGGGAAUAGUAAGUGGAUUGCAGGUUGGCAUCUAUCAUUUUCGUUUGAUUGUCAAAGACAGUCAAGGUCUAAACAGCACCGCUACUCUAUCUAUAACGGUUAAGGAAGGUAAGCUUUAAUUGCUAUUAUUGGGGUCAUGGAAAUGAUAAAGCUAUAAUCACAGAGACUAUAACUUUUAGGCUUCUUUAUCAUGUACGUAUUUGUAACUUUUGCAUAGCUAUGUUUUUUUAGACUAGUGUAGUUAGUCCACAAAUCUGUACUAUUUUAUUGAGUGUUAUUACUUAAGGGGUUACACCAACCUUUUUUACUAUUAAUUUAGUUUAGUUUACAUUGCCCUAUGAAGCACUACUUACUUGGCCCCCAGCCUGUAAGGGUAGACGCUGAUUACGUCUGUUGCCAGCGUACAGUGUGUGCUGAAAACAUAUGUAAUUAACAGACGUAAUUGUAAUAGCUCUACUCAGUAGUAAUAGCUCAAUUGAUGCUUUCAGCCAAUGAACCAGCCCUGAUUAGAAAGGCUUAGUUCAGUGAUACUAAUGGAGGCUCAAUGCAUACAGACAGCAAGUAGAGGCACUUCCAUGUAACUGUACAAGUAAAACCUGGUCAUGUGAUGCAGAAGCCCCCAUAAGAAAGCAUUGCUUCAGUGUUUUGCUAUGGGGAAGCUUAGAUGCACACGGGGCACGCACCACACAUGAGCAACAGGUCCUUACUGCUCCUCUAUGAGAAGCAUUGUAUUGGACCAAUGAUGGAUGAAGCAACGUAAUGUCAUGGGAUUAGGAGAGGUAAGAGGCAUCGAGGUAAAAGGAAGUAAAAUCCAUUAUUUUAUUAUUUUUAUUGCACACAUGGUGGAUAUAUAAGGACAUUAAAGAGUUUGUUUUCCUAGUUCUUAAGUGUUCCCAAUCAAUCUCUCACUACUCUUUGGCGGCAGGCCGGCAGCAAAGGCUAUAGUAUUCAUCAGAACAAAUACAUAGAAAAAAAAACAUUACCUGCACACUAUCCCAUAUAGCUAUACAUAUUUAAAAAAUAGGAGGAUUUUAGUAUCACUCCAACACCCAUUAAAGUGUAAGCUUACCUGCCUAGUGAUGGCAAACCUCUUAGGUGAGUCCUUUCUAACAAUUCACCUUGUUGCUUUUAGCUAAAAGUCACAGUCUAUAGUGAGACAGAAAGUUGUAUUCUUAUGAACCCCUGCACCCUAAUAGAAUGCAAUGUAUAAAUAGUUUUUAUCAUGCCUUGUGAUAGGACAUAGGCUCUUUGUAUUAAAUUAAACCUGCACACUUUGGUUAUCAUAAUGCUGUCUUAUAGCAAGUAAUUUUUAUUACAUUGUAGAGAAAAUAGAUAAAGAAUAGAUCAGGUUGUAGUCAUUAAACAUUAAUGCUGUUCAUGUUUUUCAUGUCUUAGAAAAGAACAGCCCUCCUCAAGCACAUGCUGGUGGGACCCAUAUUCUUGUGCUUCCCAAUAAUUCUAUUAAUUUGGAUGGUUCAAAGUCUGUUGGUGACCAAGGACUGGUUUCAUAUCAAUGGACGAGGGAUGGUCAGAGUCCUGCAGCUGGGGUAGAUACAUUUUACGAUUUAGUUUUUAGGGCUGUUAUGUAGCUUUUUUUUCAUUAUGCUAGUCUCAUUAAUCUCAAUUAUUGUAUUAAUCUUAUUAAUUUGACCAUGAAUAUACAUUUUCCUGUUAAUUUCACAGAUUCUCCGAACUGUAAAUUGAAUAAUCUUGGUUUCAAACGAAAUAAACAAAUAAAAAGUAUGCAUGUUAUCUACUCAAAUGUUAAAAUUAAAUCAAAAGAACAUACCUAUUAAUGUCUGGUCUGGUUUGCAGCUUUUCUUCUAGCUCUGAUCUUUACCUGUAGCCUCUCACAAAUCUUUUAAAAGGAAUUUACAAAAAAAAAAACAUUUGCUGGGUGUUUUUUUUUCUCAGUCUUCUUCUUUUGUUUUUAAACUACAACUCCCACAAACGUGUGCAGUACCCAUAAUCCAUUGCUUAUGGGAAAAGCUCUGAAACACUAUGAAAAUAUAAAAGGCAUCAUUUAUAUGCAAUACUUUGCUUUUCCUCUAGUAACUUCCCCUCCUAUACUUCUCUUCCUAUUAUCCAUUUUCACACAUCCCAUCUCCAGUCUCCAUUUGGAAUCCUGUCACUGAUUAUGAAGUUAAAGAUACCAUUUUGGACAUACAGGAAGAGAAUUAAAAAAGAAUGUUUUUUUUUUCCCUUUGGUGAGGCCUGUGAAAGAUAGCACUCUCACCUAGACAAAAAGACUGUUAGGUUACAUAGUUACAUAGUAGUCUAGGUUGCAAAAAGACUAAAGUUUGUCAAGUUUAUCAUUGAAACCCAUUCUUUUAUGCUGUUGAUCCAAAAGGUGUGAACAUGCUACUGAACAUGUUCAGUUUUUUAAAGCGAUACUGUCACUAUAUGGGGACUUUGUCGAAUUUGCAAAGACCCCCGAUGGUGACAACACAGAUGGAGGUCUGGUGGCCAGGGGAGGCUGGUAAAGGUGAGAUUACUUACCUCGUGGGCACGGCCAUCUUUUUUGCACUGAGUCCUCUUCAGUGCUGACAUCACUGCUAUACUCUCGCACAUGCGAGAGAGUACAGCAUUGAGAUCUAUGGAGGUCUAUGGAGGAUCCCACAAGACUGCAGAGUCCUCCAUAAACAGAUCCAAUUCCCUGAAGCCGUCACUGGUGACCGCUGUUGGGAUUGACACUGUAGCUCUGUCCAGAGUCUAAAAACUCAGGCAGAGGAAAUAUACUUUGUCUCUGUAUACCGUGUUUCCCCGAAAAUAAACCCUACCCCGAAAAUAAGCCCUAGUCGGAUUUUCGGGGUGGGCUGCAAUAUAAGCCCUACCCCGAAAAUAAGACCUAGGCAUUGUACCUUUGCGGCGAGACUUCCUUCUUCUGCUGUAGGAGGAGCGUCGCGCAACGUGAUGACGACAUUUUGCAGCGCCGUCAGUCUGCCUUCACGGAUCUUCAGCGGAAGGAUCCAUUUCCGGGCGGUGAGGCUCCCAGUGGUCGGACUCGGCAAGGAAUCUUUGAAAUGUGAGUACCGCUAGAUAUUUUAUGUCUGGGAUUAAUUGAAUUAAUUAAAGGGGGUGGGGGGGUGAAUUAAUUAAAGGGGGGGUGAAUUAAUUAAAGGGUGGGCUGGAUUAAUUAGAGGGGGUGAAUUAAUUAAAGGGUGGGCUGGAUUAAUUAGAGGGGGGUGAAUUAAUUAAAGGGGGGCUGGAUUAAUUAGAGGGGGUGAAUUAAUUAAAGGGUGGUGAAUUAAUUAAAGGGUGGGCUGGAUUAAUUAGAGGGGGUGAAUUAAUUAAAGGGGUGGUGAAUUAAUUAAAGGGUGGGCUGGAUUAAUUAGAGGGGGGUGAAUUAAUUAAAGGGGUGGUGAAUUAAUUAAAGGGUGGGCUGGAUUAAUUAGAGGGGGUGAAUUAAUUAAAGGGGUGGUGAAUUAAUUAAAGGGUGGGCUGGAUUAAUUAGAGGGGGGUGAAUUAAUUAAAGGGUGGUGAAUUAAUUAAAGGGUGGGCUGGAUUAAUUAGAGGGGGUGAAUUAAUUAAAGGGUGGGCUGGAUUAAUUAGAGGGGGUGGAUUAAUUAGAGGGGGGUGGAUUUAUUAAAGGGGGGGUGGAUUAAUUAAAGGGGGGGUUCAAUGUACAUACCGGUACCGUAAAUAAAUAAGCCCUACCCUGAAAAUAAGCCCUAGUGAGUUUUUUGUGACUAAAAUUAAUAUAAGACCCGGUCUUAUUUUCGGAGAAACACGGUAUCUCUUGGCUGGGUUAGAAUUUCAGUGAAAUUCCAACACAUUUAAGAUGAGUAUUUCAUAAUUAUUCUAUCUUUAUUUAACAAGGAAAUAAAGAAUUAAACAAAACUUUGAAGCCAAAGCUAAAGGAUUUAUUCUCUGUUGUUCAAACAUACUAAAUUAACUUUCAACAUUGGACCUUUAGACUGUUUAAGUGCUAUUACUCAAACAAGUGAGUACAAAGCAGGCUUUGGAGAAUCACAUACCUGCUUGUUAGCAUGAAUAAUAUGCAGUUUAUGAAAGUCUGGUCAAUGCUAAGAUCGGAAAUUGCUUUGUUCCAAUAAUCAUUUAUCUCCAGUCUAGUCUGCUGAUUUUAUUUUGUAUGUCUUUACAGGAUGUUAUGUACUCCUCCUACAAAGAGCCAGUUCUGCAACUCACUAACCUAGUAGAAGGAAUAUACCUUUUUUAUUUGAAGGUCACGGAUACAAAGGGAAACUCCAAUACUGACACAGCAACUGUGGAAGUGCGUCCUGGUACGAACACUCACUCAUCACAUAGCAAAUUUGUCUCAUAUUAACACUGUGUCCAUCGAUGCAUUGCUACCCUAUUACUCAAAUGGUCCAAUUCCCUGAGAAUGAUUACACGAUCAUAAUUUCUGGUUUUAGACACAUAAACAUUAGUGGAUACAACAAAUUAUUUCACUUAUACUAGUACUGAGUCUAGAAUACUAUGAUAUAAAUUAUGUAAUAUGAACAAUUACUAUUCAGGUUUCUUUUAGUAUUAUAAAAACUAGACCUGUGCAUUCAGAUUCGGCUGAAUUUUGGUCGAUGGGCAGUUCCAUUAGCUCGAUGGCCGAACAUGUUUGAUUUAGUAUCCAAUGUUUUGCCUGUGGCACCACAAAAAAGGGGUGACUAAUGGAAAUAAAGACGAUUGAUGGCUAUGGGACAGCCACUAAAUAUUGAUUUUAUUCAUAGAUCAAGUGAGAAGUGACCAAAAGAGGGAAAAACAGGAGGAGCAGUAAAAAAAAUGUCUAUCUAUAUAUAUUUGCAUAUUAUAUAUUUAAUAAAUAUGUAUACUAUGUAAAUAUAAAUAUUUUUACUCUUUACCAUCUAUUGGUUACUUCUUAUUUAAAUACAUACAAUAGGUGGAACACACGUCUGAUGAUUCUACAAGAAAGAACAAAAUAACAUAUAUAUUUUUUUUUUAACCGUCAGUUUUCUAACCAACUAACAGAAAAUAAACGAAAAAAACAAUUAACACUGUGCAUCCAUCAUUCAUCAGUUUAUAUUAGAUUUGUGCAUGGAGGGAAUGUUUGAUACAGCCAGGUUAUUUUUCACUAAUUUGAAGUUUUGUUUGGGAUGUCCAACGCUCGUUCAUGUGAUAUUUUAGAUUGGACAAAUAUUGUCCACGGGAAAAUAUUCAGGGAACCAUUCGGACAAACCAAACAGGGCAAGAAAAUAGGCAUAUCAGUGUACUGCAAAGUAUAUACAUAUUAAAAAAAAUAUUGUCAAAUAAGAAAAAGUGCAAAGUGAAAUACACAAUAAAUGGGUAAAUGUGUUAGCAAUACCUGCAAUAAGCCACCUGAGUGGGAACUUAUACCACUCUAAACAAAAAUCCAAAAUACAUACAAUAGGUGGAACAAACAUCUGAUGAUUCUACAAGAAAGGACAAAAUAACAUAACAGAUAAUUGUAGAUUUCAGGUACUCACAAACGUGGAGCCAUAUAUGAACAUAUGGCUGUCAUGGGAAGUGCAGAGUGACUCUUAAUAGGAUGUACCCAUCUCUCUUCCUGCUGGUCUUUAUGUAGCCUUUCAGAGGUCUGUGGUAACGAUGAAAUAGGAGAUCCUUCAUUGGUAUAAAAAGGCUUUAUUAGGUCCAAUAAACACAAUAAAUAUGUGUGCAAAAAAGAGUAGGAAGACUGGACAAAAAUAAAAAAGUAAAAAGUCCAAAUAAGUUAAAAUAAAUCCAAUGUUGGCACAGCCUGCUGGCAAGUAAGUUCGAUACGUGUUUUGCCCUAUGGUGGAGGUUCCUCAGUCAGUAUGUGAUGGGGGAGCCUCUUUGGCAUCUUUUUAAACCAGGUAUUGUGGGCUCUUCCGGAUCCGGCUGUUUGCACUUGGAAUGCAUUGUGCGCUCCAAAUCAUACGUCAUGCGCGCCACAUCGCGUGACGGUCGCAAGACUUGCGUCAUUGGAAGGCAUAGUCGGCAUCCCUGAAACGCAUGUCGUAUGACGUGUGCGUUCCACUGAGAAGUUCUGUUCGUCCGCAGAAGUUGUGGUAUUAGACUCUUGUUUGCAUAUGCAUAUACUCAGACAUGUGUGUUAAAUAAACAUAAUAGUAUUAGAAUAAAUGGCACAUUAUUAGUAGGUGAAGGCCUUCUGUUGCAUAUAAAACAAACAAAAAAGUUGCUAUGUAUCUAAACAGAAAGUGAUUAUAUUACUAUAUUGCUAAGGAAUUUUACUUAUCUUAACUAAUAUUUUUUUCUGGUUCCAGGAUUAUUUUUACCUUCCUAUUCGGGGCAAUGCGAUGGGCACCAAAUUCGCACCAAGUUAUGUUAAUCUAUUCAUGGCAUAUUGGGAAGAGAGGAAGAAACCGUCAUAUUUUCAGAACAUCCCUGGGUGGCGAAUUUGGUGUCCUGUCGCCGUUAUAUAGACGAUAUAUUUUUAAUUUGGAAUGGUUCCAUUGACCUUUUAGAGAUGUUUUUAUCUUUUUUAAAUGAAAAUGCUUGGGGGAUUAUCCUCACCACUACACAUAGCCAAACUGAUAUCAACUUUCUAGACUGUCAAAUUUAUUUACAAGACAAACAAAUAAAAACAAGAAACUUUUUUAAACCAGUAGACGCCAAUGGAUACAUUGAGAAGAGCAGCUGUCCCCACAAACCUUGGCUGAAUGAUGCGCUCAAAGGACAAUUUUUGAGAAUUAGGGGCAACUGUUCGUAUGAACAAGAUUUUAUCAGUCAGACCAAGAAGAUAAAGGACCAAUUUCUCAAAAAGGGAUACGAUGACGCUCCUCUAACUCCAGCAAUGGAAGAAGUGAGAAACAUUUUAAGAGAAUAACUAUUAACUUAUAAGCAAAGAAACAUUAGAAAUAGAAAUACCAGUAAGGCUCUGUUUAUUUGCAAUUUUAAUGGCAAUAAUAAAAAAAAGUGAAUAGGGUAAUUAAAACAUAUUGGCAUGUUUUACAAGGCAAUGCAGGUCUCAAGAAUCUCUUGCCUACACAAACGAAAAUUAUUUAUAGAGGCACUGCCAAUCUCAAGAGAUCUUUAGUCCAUAGCAGUAAAGACACACAGGCAACGAUGCACUUUUUAAAUCAAAGAAAUUGCUUCUUUUGGCUGUGGGACGUGCUUGACAUGCAGGUCCACAAAAAGUAAUGAGACACUUAACCAAUAUUAAAGAAUAUACUUAGAUCGAGUACACCAUCAGAGAUCAGCUCACAUGCUUCUCGAAACGGGUAAUAUAUAUAUAUAUAUAUUGAAAUGCCCCUCCAAUUUAUUAUAUAUUGCACGGACCAUUAAAUGCGUAAAUGUUCGAAUAUCAGAACACAUAAGGAACAUCAAAAAAGGACUAGAAACCCAUAGUGUCUCUAAUCAUUUUACGACUCAUCACAAACAGAACCCAGAAAGCCUCCUUUUCUGCCCCUUUAAGCUAGCCAAGAAAGAUUGGAGAGGGGAAUAUUACAAAUGCAAAGUAGGGACAGAGGAAAUUAAGUUUAUUUAUAAUUUUAAUAACCUUAUCCCACAUGGCUUAGAUUCAGAUUUUGAGGUUUGUCAUUUCUUUUAAUUAAAAUUCUACAGAUUGAUAUGCUCGCACGUUAUUAUCGCUAUCCUUUUACAGUACCAUUUUUUAUUUAUUCAGUAUGUAUAUUUCAUACUAAUAUUUUUAUGGCUAAAUUUUUUACACAUUCUAUUAUUUUAAAGAGGCACCUUCAUGCCGAACUUACCUUUCUUUAAUCGAUUCCUCUUCUCUCCCUCUGUCACGAUCUGUUCUUCAUUUCUUACUAUCUGCUCUAGUUUUCUUUAAAACAUAAGACAAAGUAGGGACUAUUUGUCUUAUGGAGGUUUUCUACACCUGACCAUCUCUGACCAGUGGAUGAGCAAAGUGUGCUUCAUUUCUGGUGGUCAAAGAAAUUUUCCCACAAUUCUAAGCUUUCCUCCCUGUUCCCGUGUUGCAUCCUGUCAGUAUUGCCAAACGUCCUGUCAUUUAGACAGAACGCCGGCAAAACUGAUGAAUUGCAUCCUAACAGAAUGAGAACAGUUUCUCCAUUCGUGUUAGGAUGCAAUUCGGGAGUUUGCUAGUAUCGGAAUUUCAUUCUAAUGAAUGAAACUCCGAUCCUAUUCGUGCCGCGGCUGCAAGAUGCCCACAGUAUUAGGGAGCUAUCUACCAAAAGGUUGAAAGACCUAAAUUGGUCUUUCAGCCACAUUUACUAAUACUAAGUACAGAUUAUUUAGUAUUAGUAAAUGCUGCCCCUACUCGCUAUAUCGUGAGUAGGGGCAUGUCUAGUAAACAGUGAGCAGCCAGUGGCUGCUCACUGUUAAAAAAACAACAACCUAGUACCCCCCCACCGGCUUCCACUCCUGCACGGUGGGUGGGGGCCCUAAAUAAAAAUGCCACCCCCCAAGGUGACUAGGGGUCCCCAAGCUCCUAGUCACCCCCCCACCCAAAAAAAAUCCCCUACCUACCCCCCUCACCCUAAAAAUAGUGAUGGGGGAAUAAAAUAACUAACUACCUGUAAAAAAAUUUAAACUUGACAUUUGAUGUCUUCUUUUUUCUAAAAUCUUUAUUUUUCAGCCCCAAAAAGGCCAAAUAAAAACCAUAAUACCCGUCGAACUUGUAAAAAAAUGAAAUAAAAAACCAGAGCGCAAAAAAAAAAACGAUGAAAAAGAAAAAACACGAUUCUAAAAAAAAAUAAUCCAUCUUCACCCGGCGAGGGCACAACGCAGAAUGCGCUCCACAAGGCGGGGAAAGGCUUAUAAAGCCUUGCCCUGCCCUGCAAUUAGGCUCAGAACACUCUGAUUGGUUGGUUUAAGCCAAUCAGAGUGCUCUGUGUAAUUUUACACAGUGUGGGUCAUCCCCUCCUUAUUGUUAUUUAGGGCCCCCACCCGACGUGCAGGGGUGGGGGCCAGGGAGGGGAGGACAAUAGGUUCCCCCCUUAUUCUAAUUUAGGGCCCCACCCACCGCUCAGGGUUGGGGGCCGGUGGGUACUAGGGUUUUGUUUUUUUUAACAGUGAGCAGCCUCCCUUAUGCUAUUAUGGGGGUCAUAUUGACCCCCAUAGAGUGAGGGAGGACAUGGGGGGCUUAGGAAGUGGCGGGGAGCUUGCCGGUAGCUCCAUCCUUGUAAUAAACUGAACAAAUGAACAUUGAUAUUCAGUGUUUGUUUGUUCGUCUGACAUUUCUAUUCAUUCAUUCGUCUUUCUGACGAAUGAAUGGAUGAAAUUCCUGUUCGCAUGCCCAAGUGUUUAACUGGGCAUGUGCGUGAAUUUCACAGCGCUAUCUAGUGUGGGCAGAUGACGUGUCCUACAUGGACUUCCUCUACCCACACAAAGAUGGCGGUGCCCUUAAUAUAGGUCGGGGCACAAAAUAAAGAUAAAAUAAGGUAAUAUGGGGGGCUUAGGGGCAUUUGGGGGUGACUAGGGGGUCAGUUAGAUGUAGUGGAGUAGGGAGGGGACUUAGACUUAAUACUUAUUUAAUAUGUAUAUACACGUUGCAGAAGAAUCCUUGCAAUAUCGUUCAGUUCCAUUUGGUAAUAUUUGGUAUAUUUUAUCAUUCACCCAGGUGUCAGUAUAUGAAAAUGUUUUAUUCUGAGUAAGAAUCCAAUACUCUUCUCUUUUUAACUUUUAGAGUUGAUUUUUCUCUUUUUAUACAUAUGGUAUCUAGUAAUAUAAUCACUUUCUGUUUAGAUACAUAGCAACUUUUUUGUUUGUUUUAUAUGCCACAGAAGACCUUCACCUACUAAUAAUGUGCCAUUUAUUUAAUACACAAACGUCUGAGUAUAUGCAUAUGCAAACACAAGAGUCUAAUACCGCAACUUCCGCGGACGAAUAGAACUUCCCAGUGGAACGCACACGUCAUACGACAUGCGUACCAGUGAUGCCGACUAUGCAUUCCAGUGACGCAAGUCACCCGAUUCGGAAGUGGAGUGCAUGACAUAUGAUUUGGAAAGCACAAUGCGUAAUAAGUGCAAACAGCCGGAUCCGGAAGAACCCGCAAUACCUGGUUUAAAAAGGUGCCAAAGAUGCUCCCCCAUCACAUACUGACUGAGGAAGCCCCCACCAUACAGCGAAACGCGUAUCGGACUUACUAGCCAGAAGGCUGUGCCAACAUUGGAUUUAUUUUAACUUAUUUAGACUUUUUACAUUUGUCCAGUCUUCCUACUUUUUUUUGCACACAUAUUUAUUGUGUUUAUUGGACCUAAUAAAGCCUGUUUAUACCAGAGAAGGAUCUCCUAUUUCAUCAUUACCACAGACCCCUGAAGGGCUAAAUAAAGACCCAUGAGAGCCUUAUGUUCAUAUAUGUUUGUCAGUACCUGAAAUCUACAAUUAUCUGUAUAUUCCUUAUAUUGGCAAUUAUUUUGUCCUUUCUUGUAGAAUCAUCAGACGUGUGUUCCACCUAUUGUAUGUAUUUUGGAUUUUUGUUUAGAGUGGUAUAAGGGGUUCCCACUCGGGUGGCUUAUAGCAGAUAUUGCUAACACAUAUACCCAUUUAUUAUGUAUUUCACUUUGCACUUUUUCUUAUUUGACAAUAUUUUUUUUAAUAUGUAUAUACUUUACAGUACACUGAUAUGCCCAUUUUUACACCCUGUUUGUUUUGUCCGAAUGGUUCCCUGAAUAUUUUCCCAUGUACAAUAUGUGUCCAAUCUGAAAUAUCACAUGAACGAGCGUUGGACAUCCCAAACAAAACUUCAAAUUAGUGAAAACUUACCUGGCUGUAUCGAACAUUCCCUCCAUGCACAAAUCUAAUAUAAACUGAUGAAUGAUGGAUGUUAUAUUAAUUUCAGAUUACAUACACAGUGUUAAUUGUUUUUUUCGUUUAUUUUCUGUUAGUUGGUUAGAAAACUGAUGGUCAAAAAAAAAUUUGAAGCACGAUAUAACAAGAAAUAAACCUUUGCAGACUUUUAAUUCAAGCCAUAAACUACUCAAAUGAAUCUUGACUAAAACUCUAAUACACCCAGGGUUGAUUGGUUGUGGAACUAUAGUUAUUAUAACCAUGGCAGAACCAAGGGAUGGUAAUUUGAAGCCCUAUGGUGCCAAAACUCAGUUUCACAAUGUAAGCCUUCAAUAUUGCAUGAAUCCCAUAUUCUCUAGCAUCCACAGUUGCCCAUGCUCCAUCAGCUUAUCAUAAAUUUCACAUUAUAUGCCAACUGCCACAAGCCAAGUGGUUAACAAAGGGAAUAUCAGAUUUGUACGAAAUAAACGCUCUCAGCCCGGAUCAUCUUAUCAGAGGUGUGGAGGUGUGUAAAUAACUAUCAACAAGGUGUGUAUAUACUCAGUGGCCAAUUUAUCAAGUACCCUUGUACAAUAAUAAAAAUAUAUUAAGAAUGGAUAAAUUGCGCACAACUCAAUUUAUAACAAUUUUAGUUUUUGUUCAAACAAGCAAUCCAUGUCAUCUAAGCAAAUUUAAUAGUGGUAGGAUUGGUUGUGCCAGACAUAUUGGCCUCAGUUCGGAAUAAUCGUCAUAAGGUUACAAAAUAUAGAGAGACAGUAUGAAAAGAGAAUAGUGUGAAAAUAAGAAAAAAUCCAAUGAUUGCCAGUUCUCUGGAAAACUGCCAUUCAGUUAGGUCAGAUGAGAGUGCCCAAGCAGACAGGAACAGUACCCAUUUGUUACAACAGUGGAAUGCAAAUCAGUAUCUGUGAACUGUGCUUUGUUUUGUUAAUUUUUGUAUGAAUUUUGAUUAACUUGUUGUAAGAACAUCUAUAAAGGAAAAUGUAUAUUUUGAAUCUCUUUUUCAAAUUAGAAUUUUCUAUUAAAGUUAAUAUGGUAAUUUUCUCUGGAUGCACAUUCUAAUGCAAUGUGCUUCACACACUUAUGCAAAGAAGCAUCAUUUGGCUGAUAAUAUGUACUUAAAUAUUACUAAUCUGCAGACACUGGAGUUUGCAUUGACUAAAAUAUUUAAAAGAAUGUUUUUAGCACCUUGUCUAGUACAUGCCACAAAUAAUUUAACAUAUUCUGGAUGAAAGCCAGAAUUUUAACAAAACUAGCAAUCCUAGUAAAAUGUUCAGUGAACAUAUGUAAAUACAGGCUUUCACUGUUAUGGCAGAGAACGAUUCUGUGGUUUCUAUCAAAAACUGGAUUUGUGUUUCUUUAUGUGCGCUUAUGGUACUGGGUCAGUCUGCAUAUACGAAUGACAAAACACUCUUACAUGCGGGGCAUAUUACAAUCAAGUGUCAGUCGCAUAAUCAAUACAUUUUAUCCCAUUCCACCAGAAUCCCAAGACAUACUUCUAAGUAAUUACAAUUUAAAAUUCAAUAAGAUUUUACUACUGGUAAUCUUACCAAGGUCAGAAAACUUUAUCAAGUUAAAUAGAUACUCUAACCACCAAAACAACUAUAGCUUAAUGAAACACUUAUGAUAUAUUGGUGAAUUUAUUGCAUUUACUUUCAGACAUAUUUCACGGCCAACUCAUUCUGAGAUGCAUAGUAUGUUGACGCUUUAUAUUAAUAAAAAUAAUAAAUGUUUAAUGACCAUAUUUGAAUAUUUUUUUAUCUUUUUCCUGCCAUAAAGAUCCAAGAAAACAAAAUUUGGUGGAGUUGAUUUUGAAGGUAGCUGUCGGACUGUUGACAGAACAGCAAAAAGAUACAUUAGUGAGGCAGCUGGCAGUCCUUCUCAAAGUCUUGGAUUCUGAUAUAAAGGUCCAGAAGAUACAGGCGCACUCUGACUUAAGGUACAAUAUAUGUUGUGCGACAGUUGCACUUAUUAAAAAUUUAUUUUAGUUAUGUAAUCAUUACUUUGUGGUUGUGUUAAUUACACAAUGUUGUAAUGAACUAGUACCCUAUAGAUAAGCACUCUGAAGUGUGCUAUGACCGCCAAUGAAAGUACACCUAUAGGGUAUAUUGUGUAAAAGAAAAUCAUUAUAGAUAAGAAUGAAAAUAAAUUUACAUGGGUGGAAGAGGUGAGGCUCAAAAUGGGCCAUUGCUAACAAUGUUGAAGGUCAGUGUUUAGGGGCAAUAUAAUAUGUUGGGGGGAAAACUGUGGAUGAAAACCCCUUCCACCUGAAGUAAAUCCCUUCCACCACUUGCAUACGCCCACCCAAAAUCCCUUGCAGUAGUGAGAGCACUGUUAACGUGGGAUUUCUGUGGGAAAAGCAAGUCGUAUGGCUUGACUGGUGUGUGUAUGUGUGUUCAGCAAUGUAUUAACUCUCUCUCUCUCGCUCUCUAUAUAUAUGUAUAUAUAUAUAUAUAUAUAUAUAUAUAUAUAUUAUUUGUGUUCGGGGCACAAAGGCCAUAUAGAGUGAUAGUGAGAAAAUAGGAAUAGCAAAUACAAAAUGGUAAAAAUUGGUUCUGGUUGUCCAGAACCGAUGAUGCUGAUAGGCCUGUAAAUAAAGAGGACAAAAAGGAGAGAUACGGUAAAAUAAUGAAUACAAUCAACAAUCAACAUACAUACUUAUUAAAUUACAUUGUAUAUAAGGCUCGACGGUGUUCCUAAACAGGUUUUGGAAUGUACCGUGCAUAGGCUGAGGACUUCCGUGACCAAUGUUUAAUAAUGUUUACUGGUAUAGACCUGUUUGAAGCCAUAGAUGCCACCCCUAAAGAGUGACCAGAAUAAUGGAAGGGUUAAGGCCUAUUGUUCUGACGUAUCGCAUGAAUGAGAUAUAUUUUGAUGGUUUGUGAUAAUUAAGUUUAAGGUGGCAAAAAAUAAACCCUAGUAAAGAAAUCAUAAUCAUGAGUGAAACUCUCUAAAGAAUGUGAAUUGUGAACCUGUCACAAACCACAUUUUUUGGCAGGUAAUUGACAGGUACAUAAUCCCAUGUUGCCAGAAAAUUAGUGGGGUAGCCCAGAGACAGAUAAUUGAUGAACGUAGAUAAGUGAUGAACAUAGCGAGGGUCAAGUUGAUAAACCAACUUAUCUAUGGGAAAAUUAACUGAGAGUAGAAUAGCUGGAGAACCGGAAGAGUAGCAAUACUGGAGAAAACCGAAAUUGUCCAAGUAACUAGGAUAAGUAUCAACAAGAAUAUAUGAUGAACAGUAUUUACAUGGACCAUAAAAGAGGACAAAUAAGUUCAGUACAAUUGUAAUCGAGCUAACAAGUGUAUUGGAAGCCAACCACCAACAACCCCUAAGUAGAACUCUAAACCAAAGUAAACCUGAUUUAUCAGAUGAGCCCCAUGAGGGCUACGUUUAAUGUAUGUGCAGUGAAUGUAUGUACAAGUUAAUAUUUAUAUUUCUUAACCCUAUGUAUAGGCCUAAGAAUGAACCUGACAUAAAUUAAUGCAGUCAGUUGCAACACUUUUCUAUGUGCCAAAUUGAAUUUCAUACUAUGGAAUUCGAUAUAUCCUAGUAAGGGGCCUAAUACCGUAAGCUGAAGGAGGCAUCGCUGUGAUGCUAUGUAUUAAUGAAAUGGCUGAAUUGUAUUAGUGAAGAUCGCCCUGAAUGAACAGACAUACAGUUUGUAGAAACCGUUAAAUAAGCUACGGCUGGCCAGCCAUAGCGGCUUCUAUGAUUAUGAGGGAGGAGUGGCUUAACUUAAUGAUGACAUGUGUUAGUAUAAUAAUUAUGAUAUUAUCACCAUAUAUCUGAUAAGUGUGGCAUCGCAACUUGCCUGUAUCUUAAGUCACCUAUUGAUGUAAAACUUCUGGACAGAAAGUCAAUAUGCACGACAGAAAGUCAAUAUCCUGUUGGAUAUCUUGAACCACAGCAACAUGAAUUUAAUAUUGAAUUGUGUAACAUAUGAUCAAAUGCACAUAAGGGACCUUGCAAGGGUCAGCGUGAAGAGACAAGCCCCUUGUUAAAGUGCGGGUUUAGAAUUGUAUUUGGUAGACGUAAAGGAGAAAAAGAGUGAGGCCUUGAAUGUGAUAUGAACGUGAAUGAAAGGUAUUGUUGAAUACCUGAAAACACAAAUACACAGAGUAACACUUGAUUAUAUCAUCCUGUAUUAGACCUGCUAAUGGCCUCUAUUUGAAUGGUAUUUGCAAUGAUUGACAUAUACAUGUUUUACUGGUAAACCAACGCAACUGAACUUACCUAAUAUUAGUUUAACACCCCAUGACACAUCAAUACAGUAUUACUGUAACAGAAGGAUGAACAGUGCUACCAUCUUGUAUAUUGGAAUUGAAUGAUUCUAGAAUGGAUUAUAUACCAUUAUGAUUCAACUUAAAGAAAUGGUAGUGACAGCUACAUUGUAUUUGUAGAACUGGAUGAACAUUAAACCCACAAAUAAAUUGACCAAGUGACGGUCAGUAAACCCCAGUAAGAAUACCAGCGUGAUAAGUAAUUUGUAAUUGUAACACUUACAUUUACCUAAUAGUACUUGCUGCAUAGCUGGCUUUAUACAUUUAAUUGUGCAGGCAUUCCAACUUUACGUGUAAGCUAUUUAAACCUGCUUUAUUGAAUAAUACAACUGGGCAGGUUUCCAAUUCUAGACACAAUUCUAAUUGUAAGCAGUUGCUUUACUUCUAUAAGCAUGUUUGGUGGUAUAUAUAUAUAUAUAUAUAUAUAUAUAUAUAAAGUUCUAAUUGCUUGCACUCCUGGAUUAAUAGUAAAAAGCCCGGUGCUUAACAGCCAAAUAAUAGAAAUAAAGUAAUGAUAGCACUCCAAGGACUUUGAAAAUAUUGUGAAAAAACUUAGCUUUUUAUUCAGGCAUCUGCCACAGAAGAUCAACGUUUCAGUUCUUGAAGGAACCUGACGAAAGUUCAUUAGAGAACUGAAACGUUGAUCUUCUGUGGCAGAUGCCUGAAUAAAAAGCUAAUUUUUUUCACAAUAUUUUUGAAGUCCUUGGAGUGCUAUCAUUACUUUAUUUCUAUAUAUAUAUAUACAGUGAGGGGAAAAAGUAUUUGAUCCCCUGCUGAUUUUGAACGUUUGUCCACUGACAAAGAAAAGAUCAGUUUAUAAUUUUAAUGGUAUAUGUAUUUUAACAGUGAGAAACAGAAUAACCAAUAAAAACCAUAAAAACGCAUGUCAAAAAAGUUAGAAAUUAAGAAAUGACUCUGCUGCAAUGUAAAGUAGUAAGUGUAGAGCUUGUAUAACAGUGUAAAUUUGCUGUUCCCUCAAAACAACUCAACACACAGCCAUUAAUGUCUAAACUGUUGGCAAAAAAGUGAGUACACCUCUAAGUGGAAAUGUCCAAACUGGGGUUAAUUAGCCAUUUUCCCUCCCUGUGUCAUGUGACUCGUUAGUGUUACAAGGUCUCAGGUGUGAAUGGGGAGCAAGUGUGUUAAAUUGGGAGAUAUCGCUCUCAUACUGGUCACUGUAAGUUCAACAUGGCACCUCAUGGCAAAAAACUCUCUGAGGAUCUGAAAAAAAGAAUUGUUGCUCUACAUAAAGAUGGCCCAGGCCAGGCUUCCCCAAACUCCGGCCCUCCGUAUGUUGCUGAACUACAACUCCCAUAAUUCUCAGCCUAUCUAGUUCAUUUAUAGAAUCAUGGGAGUUGUAGUUCAGCAACAUCUCGAGGGCCGGAGUUUGGGGAAUCCUGGCCUAGGCUAUAAGAAUAUUGUCAAGACACUGAAACUGAGCUGCAGCAUGGUGGGCAAGACCAUACAGCGGUUUCACAGGACAGGUUCCACUCAGAACAGGCCUCGCCAUGGUCGACUAAAGAAGUUGAGUGCACGUGUUCAGCGUCAUAUCCAGAGGUAGUCUUUAGGAAAUAGACGUAUGAGUGCUGCCAGCAUUCCUGCAAAGGUUGAAGGGGUCAGCCUAUCAUUGCUCAGACCAUACGCCGCACACUGCAUCAAAUUGGUCUGCAUGGCUGUCGUCUCAGAAGGAAGCCUCUUCUAAAGAUGAUGCACAAGAAAACCCGCAGACAGUUUGCCGAAGACAAGCAGACUAUGGAUUACUGGAACCUGUGGCAACAACCAGGUGAGGAGUACAAAGACAAGUGUGUCUUGUCUGCAGUCAAGCAUGGUGGUGGGAGUAUCAUGGUCUGGGCCUGCAUGAGUGCUGCCGGCACUGCGGAGCUACAGUUCAUUGAGGGAACCAUGAAUGCCAACAUGUACUGUGACAUACUGAAGCAGAGCAUGAUCUCCUCCCUUUGAAGACUGGGCCACAGGGCAGUAUUCCAACAUGAUAAGCAUCUGUGGGGCAUCCUCAAACGGAAGGUGGGUGAGCGCAAGGUCUCUAACAUCCACCAGCUCUGUGAUGUCGUCAUGGAGGAGUGGAAGAGGACUCCAGUGGCAACCUCUGGUGAACUCCAUGCCCAUGAUGGUUAAGGCAGUGCUGGAAAAUAAUGGUGACCACAAAAUAUUGACACUUUGGGCUCUAUUUGGACAUUUCCACGUAGGGGUGUACUCACUUUUGUUGCCAACGGUUUAGACAUUAAUGGCUGUGUGUUGAGGUAUUUUGAGGGGACAGCAAACUUACACUGUUUUACAAGCUGUACACUUACUACUUUACAUUGUAGCAGAGUGUCAUUUCUUCAGUGUUGUCACAUGAAAAUAUUUACAUAAAUGUGAGGGGUGAACUCAUUUUUGUGAGAUACUGUAUAUAUAUAUUUAUAUAUUGCAGCCCACUCCCACUAAUUAAAACUAUACUUACUAGUUCAUUACAACAAUGUGGUCAGGUCAAUUACACAAUGUUGUAAUGAAAUAAAUAUAGAUACCGUAUACAGCCUGAACUGUGCCAUGACUGCCAAUGAUAGUACACUUUACACUUACUGGAGUUAAAAAUCAUACCAUUAGUUGAGUGAAUGAUAUAUUUAUUAUUUUUGGUAACAGAACAUAUUACUGUACAAAUCACAUACACGAAAAGGUGCUUGAAUUCUGUGGCUAGUUUCUGAAAAGCUCCAGACAUUUCAACCUGGGAAUCUGGAAUAUACUGUCACGCAUGUUGGAACCAUUUCCCUCCCUCUUGUUGUCAUGUCUGUGCAAGCAUGCUGUAAUGGCUCUAGAACUAAUACUUGUUCAAGGUCACAUCAUACUGAUGGUAUUAUUGACUUGACCCCAAGUGUUUGAGUAGAGCCACGCCAUUCCUGCAUCAAUAUUGAUGGGAUUCAACCACUACAUAAGACGUUGUGUCAUUUUUGUGUCAAUAAUUACACUACUCCUUCUAUCUCUCAGUCAUGUUCUUAUAGCAUUAUUGGUAACGUGAAACCAGCAUUUAGUUUUUCGCCUGCCUUCUGCAACAUGAUGAUGUGCAUGGGGAUGAUGUGCAUUAAUCAUCUUAAACAUUGUCCUAUAUAAACCCCUUCUGCCAUUACACAGGUGUCCUAUUGUGGUUCUUGCUGAAGCCGUAGCACCUUUACCUUGCAGUUAUGAUCAUUUGGUUUUGACUUUAGCUUGUACGUGAUUAGCCUGAUCUCUGUGUUCCUGACCUUUUGGCUUUGCUUACUAUUAUCCUUUUAUCACCUGCACUUGAGCAUGUUCUCUGACUAUUUUUCCGUUAAGUCUGGGCAUCCUAAGGACCAGUAAUAUGGGCCGUCCAUGCUUUCUGUUUUCCUAGUGUCCUUUGGUACCGUGAUCUUAUGUAUCAAAGAGAGAUCCAUUAUCCUAAUUUUGUGAUAAUGUGAGUGGGAAGCCGAUGCCUAGAAAGUAAGAAAGCUGCUCUGAUACAAAAAUGGAUUGAAGUCCAUAUUGACUGAUAAUAUAUGAAUGUGUUUGAUAGAUUGUGAGUUGGUGUGUGGCUUUUUAGGGAAUGGCAGUAUCGUACUAUCUAUUGAUUUGUUUUGUAUAAAACAUGAAUAACCCUGUAUUGCAAUGGCGGAGUCUGGUAUUUUAGUCGUUAAUCAUGAUUCUGAGAGUACAAUGAUUUUUGGUUUGUAAUGGGAACACCAGGCUUGCAGUGCAUCCAGUUUAGGGAGUAAACUACGGAUGUUGCAGUGCACAAAAGAGAGGCCUUUUUUAGUGGGGAGAUUAGGAUUAGAAUAAACUGGGGGACCAGGGUUAGACUCCACAUCAUUUGCCAGGGCAAGUAACAUAAGGAAUAGGAAUUUGGACACCAUUUUUGUUUGGCCAUAUAGUGAAUGGGAUACUUUAUAAUUUUGUGAGGUGGGGGUAGGAGGGUUAUUUUUUAUAACUCUCCACCAGCACUCAGCAGAUAAGUUACAGGAACAGAGCAGGCCAUGGUGUAUGAUAAUUUGUGUUCCAGUUUGAGGUGUGUGCUUAUGCUGGUAGUGGUGUGAACAAAAUUGGAUUGAGAAAAGGGUUAUUAAGAAUAACAGUAUGGUUAUAUUUGGAUUCAUGUUAGUGGUAUGAGGUGUGUAGUUGAAAAUGAAACAGAAAUCGUGAAAAACAAAAAUUAAAUAAAAGUAUAUAAUAUUUGUGUGUGAUAUAAAUCUAUUUGUAGGGAGAGAGGGUAUGUGUUCUAUAGGGUUAAGAUAUUGGAAAGGUGUGCUGAUCAGUGUUUGCACCUGUCAUUUUUUAGGGGAUUGAAAGUUGUGUGAGAGAUUAUCUAUAAAUGAGGAAAUGAGCAUGGGGUGGGUGGGCAAGGGGUAGGGUGGGAGGUCAAUCAGUCUUCCAAAAGGCUACCUGUUGCAAAUGGCCGUGGAACAGCUGAUUGAGCUCUGGGUGCUUUGCUGGACUGGGUAUGUUUAAAAAUCAGACUGUGGGAGAGAGAUAUAUAUUAGGGUCAGAUGGGCUAAGAGAUGGGGGGGGGGGUGCAUAGAUGGACAUUUGAUUUAAGGUCAUUUAAGGAAAAACAAAAGCAAAGAUUGAGAAUUACAGAGAUAAGACCGAGGUAUUCAUGUAGGGAAAUAAAACCAUUAAACAAGGAACAGGAAAGAUAUAUGGGCCUGAGCUGGUUAAACUAACUUUUAACAUGAUGGGCAAAGACAAAGGUGAUAAAAUAUUUUGCAUGAUUAGCACAGGCUAUAGUUACAGAGACAUGAAAAUGUAUACAUUGAAAAGAAUAAAACAAAAUAAUAUUUACUAAAUAUAAAAACAUACACCUACAACAAAAUUAACAGGGUACGUAGAAAUAUAAUGAAAUGUCAGUCUUCCAGAAGGCUACAUGUUUCAAAUGGCCAUGGAACAGCUGAUGGAGCUCUGAGUUCUAUGCUGGACUGGGUAUGUUUAAAAAUCAGACUGUGGGAGAUUGAUAUAUAUUAGGGUCAGAUGGGCUAAGAGAUGGGGGGAUGCAUAGAUGGACAUUUGAUUUGAGGUCAAUUAAGGAAAAACAAAGGGUAAGAUUGAGAAUUACAGAGAUAAGACAGAGGUAUUUAAGUAGGGAAAUAAAACCAUUAAACAAAUAACAAGAACAAAUUACAUGUUUACACAAUAAUGAGUAUAAAGUGGCAUAAUGGAAAGUAAAUAGAAGUCUGGGUAAUUUAACAUACGUAACGUGUAAAUUGGUGUCGCCCCCUCUGCACUUUUUUUGUUUGGGUCGUUUGCCCUUACAUGCUCAAUAAAUCCUGGGAGUGGGAGUUAAUUUAUUUAUUAUUUAUUUAUAAAAUAUUUUACCAGGAAAGAUACAUUGAGAUUUCUCUCAUUUUCAAGUAUGUCCUGGGUACACUCCUACCUGCAUGUAUUAUUAUUAGUAGUAGUAGUAGCAGUAGUAUUUAUAUAGCGCCAGCUUAUUCCACAGCGCUUUACAAUAAGAGGGGAAUUUACCAAAUGAGACAAUAACAAAAUGUAAUAGGAACAAUAGGUAGUUGAGGACCCUGCUCAAACGAGCUUACAAUCUAUUGUGUACAUAUUCCUGUCUGCUGACUUUACUAUAGAGUCAAGGAUUAAUGAUGGCAUGGAAGCCAAUCAAACCUGGCAAUUCUCUCAUGGAAAUCUAAUUGAACUUUGAAAUAAGGGAAAGAAAGUUCAUAAGAAUAAAACAAUGUAUUUCUUUUGACAGUACAGUGAUUCUUUUCUAUGUUCAAACUGGCCCUCUUCUGAAAAUCCAAAAAGCAACAGAGGUUGUGCGGACUCUUCAAGGUCAGCUUUUGAAGGAAAAGGCUGACUUCCUAAUUUACAAGGUUCUCCGAGUAGAAACUGUUGGUAAGUUAAGUCUGAUUUAAACAGAAUCUAUUGUUAUAUUAUUAUUUCAAAGCAAUGUAAAUAUAAAUCAAUAUUUUCUCAUAAAGUUUUUGAGACCAUCCCCAACCAUAUUGUAGGUCUAAACAUUAGUGACCCUUGAGCCUUGUAGAUGCCUACUCUGGAUUUACGCCGUAACAAAUUAUUGUUCAAAUAAAAGCAGAAAGGAGCGGUGUCUGACUGUCAUGGUGGAAAGACACAUUUUGAAUGAGCUUCUCCAAUAUCCUGAUGAAAAUCAUCCUUUGCGUCUUCACCAAUCUCAACCACUAUUAACCGAGUGAAGCAGUUUCACUCCUGACUUACCUGACACAGUGUGCUGCAGUAAUAAUCUUGUCAAGAGCUUCGUUAUCUCAUUGUGGUAGAUGUGGCCUAGUGCAGCUAGGGCGGGAGAGGCCUGUGGGGGUAAUCCUGGUCCACACCUGAAAGGCUACCAAGAUUCAGCAAGCCGGGCGUAUGAACCCAUCGAAGUUGGAGAAAUGUGCCCUGCGUCAUCCAAUAUGGUGUAGACCAGGUGUCUAAUUAACCCCAGCACUUCACAACUUAAUUUGGAAGCCAGGUUAAACAAAAUCUUUGCUGACUUCUGGAGGAGGUUGAAGCACAGGGUCACUGAGCACCAUCAAUGACACAAUAUCCCAGAGAAGCAAACCCAGUGCUCUCGGAGACUCCCGCUACAUUCCCGGUGACGACACCUGACUACAGGACCACUGCGAAUGAUGCCUGGUCCACCACAAAUCAGCAGAAGCCGAGAGCAACCUACUUACAGAUCAGCCUAAGUGGGGGACCCACCCUGCACUAUCCCGAAAGACUGGCGUCCUAGAGGGGCCUCUGGGGCCACAGCUGGGCUUAUCACUCCACUCCACUACGGUACUACCACGGCCUAUGAGUAGGCUGCUGCGUCUGAUGACCGCUCUGCCGAAACGACAUUCUGCCAAGCCCCAAAGUGGCUUCGGCUGAUCUGAAACUUGGACUCUUGCCGGCUGGCAUUACUCUCCCUCUAAUGAUUAGCAUUGCCUGACUUGUAGUGGUUUAAUUUUCACUGUCGAUACCCAUUAUAUUGUUUUUGUUUAUAGUUGUUUUCUUUUUUUGGCUUAGAAUUUCUUUUGAUUCCUCAGCUCAAUGUCGUUAGAUAGGCACACUCUGCUUGUGUAGUUUGAAAUGUUAGAAUUAUCUAAGGGCCUCUUAGGUGUUCUAAUUUCUAAUCUGUUGGAGCAUGGCAGGCAUGUUGUAUAUAUUUUUGCACAGCAAAAAUAAAGAAUAAAAAAAAUAAAAAUAAAUUAAAGCAGGAAUUUAAAUUGUCUAAUGUUGUGAAGGUAUCAGUGGAAUAAAAAACUUGUUUAGUACAUGGUCAAGUGCACACUCUCCAGGAAGGAUACAUUGAGAUUUCUCUCAUUUUCAAGUAUGUCCUGGGUCCACAAAACAUUGCAUUGUUACAAUAGGAUACAAUAAAAUACAAAAACAAUAUUAAUAUACAAUAUAUACAAAAUUUUACAUAGAACAGGUAAGAAAUAUAUAACCAACCAUGACAGGCAUCUUCACUAGACUUCCCUAUCCCCUAUCCAAGUAAGAUUUUGGGAUUUUCCAGUAAUAUGAGAGGCAUAACUGGAGGCCAUCAAACCCUUUCCCACUUUGUAUUUAUUUGUUUGUAUUUUCAAUGUGUUUUUAAUUGUGUAUUAUCUGCUAGAUUCAUGCAAUGCUAAUCUUUCCAUUAGUCUGUUUUUUGAAGUGUUCUGGCCAUGGGCACUGUGACCCCAUAACCAAAUCCUGCCUCUGCUAUCCAUUUUGGAUGGAGAACCUGAUUCAACGUUAUAUCAGCGAUGGAGAGAGUAACUGUGGUGAGUUUUGGCAACCUUAUCUCUAUUGCAUCUCACAUCUGGCAAAUAAUAACAUCACAGGUAUAGCAGCUGUUUUGUUACGUGAUGCUUAUGCCACACUAGCUGUGCAUUCAGUGUUAAUGCUAACUAACCAGGCUAAAUAAGAAUGCAUCCUAUUUAAGGGACAUUCCAGGCACUUACACAUCUUUUGUGCAACAUGUAAUUCAUGUUACAGUUGGUUAUUGUUAAUUUUGGGAUGACAUAUGGUUGGAAAUUGCAUAUCUAGCUCCCUUUGAUUUGCUAUGUUUCUCUUUUUUUAAUCCAAUCUUACAGCUGAACAGCAUGUGAUCAAGGAUGAUAAAGUUCAGCUGCAGAAGAUAAGAAACUAGUUAUAAAGAUAAGUGAUCAUUCCUUGCAGCUUUAUUCCAAAUGGUUAAGUAAUUAAAAGGUAAGACAUACAAUGAUCAGCUUCCUUAUCACAAAUAGGCCUGUAUAAACAAGGCUUUUCCUAUCCUUAGAUAGAGGCUGUUUCCUGCUCUCUUAAAGCAUAGCAAACAAGGGAUCCACAACACCUGAAAAUCAGAGCUUCACUACAGCUCUCACAAAGCUCUGGAAUUGAUCCCCCAUUCAGCUGCAAUUCAAGAGGAAAGGGAACCUCAUCUAAAUAUUGCUCUGAUGCUUAGCUCCAUAUAAUUUAGAUGUUCUCUAAUCCUAUCCUUAAAGGACCACUAUAGUGCCAGGCAAACAUACUCGUUUUCCUGGCACUAUAGUGCCCUGAGGGUGCCUCCACCCUCAGGGACCCCCUCCCGCCCGGCUCUGGAAAGGGGAAAGGGGUAAAAACAUACCUUUCUCCAGUGCUGGGCGGGGAGCUAUCCUCCUUCUCUCCGCCCAUUCGGCUGAAUGCGCAUCCGCGGCAGGAGCCGCGCGCGCAUUCAGCCAGUCCAUAGGAAAGCAUUCACAAUGCUUUCCUAUGGACGCUGGCGUCUUCUCACUGUGAUUUUCACAGUGAGAAACGCGGAAGUCCUCUAGCGGCUGUCAAUGAGACAGCCACUAGAGGCUGGAUUAACCCUAAAAUAACAUAACCCUAACAUAAACAUAGCAGUUUCUCUGAAACUGCUAUGUUUAUAGAAAAAAGGGUUAACCCUAGAUGGAUCAGGCACCCAGACCACCUCAUUAAACUGAAGUGGUCUGGGUGCCUAUAGUGGUCCUUUAAGUCUACUUAUUAUUAUGAUAUUUAUAGAGCGCCGUCAAAUUCCGCAGCGCUUUACAAUGGGUGGAUGAACAGGAACAGAGGGGUUGAGGGCCCUGCUCAAUGAGCUUACAUGCUAGAGGGAGUGGGGUAAAAUGACACAAAAGGGUAAGGAUAGUAUUAGAUUACAAUCAUACAGAUGCAGCUAUACAGACACAUUUACACACACUGACACACACACAUACAGACACACAACCUGGCACACAUGCAGACACGCAGAUACACUGACAACAUACAGAUACACAGACACACACAAUGACAACAUACAGACACACAGAUACAUAACCUGACAAAUGCAGAUACAAACACUGACACAUAUGCAGAUACACACAUUGGCUACAUACAGAUACAUGCACAGGUAUACACACUGGCACACACACACAGAUACAUACAUACUGACAACAUACAGAUACACACUGACACACACAGACACUGUGACAGACAUACUGACACUGUGAUAGACAUACAUACUGACACAUACACAGACAUACUGACUGGCACACCGACAUACAUACAGACACACAAAAUGACACACACAGACAUACUGACAUACACACAGACAUACAUACUGACACACACACAGACAUACAAACUGACACACAGACAUACAAACUGACACACACACAGACAUACAAACUGACACACAGGCAUACAUACUGACACACACACAGACAUACAAACUGACACACAGACAUACAUACUGACACACACACAGACAUACAAACUGACACACAGACAUACAUACUGACACACACACAGACAUACAAACUGACACACAGACAUACAAACUGACACACACACAGACAUACAAAGUUUGUAUGUCUGUGUGUGUGUCACUUUGUAUGUCUGUGUGUCAGUUUGUAUGUCUGUGUGUGUGUCAGUUUGUAUGUCUGUGUGUCAGUUUGUAUGUCUGUGUGUGUGUCAGUAUGUAUGUCUGUGUGUAUGUCAGUAUGUCUGUGUGUGUCAGUUUGUGUGUCUGUAUGUAUGUCGGUGUGCCAGUCAGUAUGUCUGUGUAUGUGUCAGUAUGUAUGUCUGUCACAGUGUCAGUAUGUCUGUCACAGUGUCUGUGUGUGUGUGUGUGUGUGUGUCAGUGUGUAUCUGUAUGUUGUCAGUAUGUAUGUAUCUGUGUGUGUGUGCCAGUGUGUAUACCUGUGCAUGUAUCUGUAUGUAGCCAAUGUGUGUAUCUGCAUGUAUCUGCAUGUGUGUCAGUGUUUGUAUCUGCAUUUGUCAGGUUAUGUAUCUGUGUGUCUGUAUGUUGUCAUUGUGUGUGUCUGUGUAUCUGUAUGUUGUCAGUGUAUCUGCGUGUGUGUGCAUCUGUGUGUCUGCAUGUGUGCCAGGUUGUGUGUCUGUAUGUGUGUGUGUCAGUGUGUGUAAAUGUGUCUGUAUAGCUGCAUCUGUAUGAUUGUGUAUAUCUGUGUAUCUGCAAGUGUUUCUGUGUGUGUAUGUGUAUCACAGUGUGUGUGUGUGUGACAGUGCAUGUGUAUUUGUGCAUACAUCUCAGCAUUCAACACUACACGCAAAUACACACCUGCAUUCAAACUUCAACACUACAUAUAAACACACCUCUUUUUUUAAACAACAAAAUUAUAUAUAAACACACCAGUGUAUUCAUAAACCAACACUACACCUAAAUGCAUACUUGCAUUUAAAUGCCAUCUCCACAUACAAACACACCCCUACAUUCACACAAACAUACUCCAUACAAAAACAUGCUUACACUCAAACACACAAAUACUGCUCAGUGCUAAAUAUAACCCUGCAUGCAUAGGAAAAUGGUAGCGCCCCAGCUGUCAAAGCAUUGUUGGAGUUGCAUGACAGAUGGGGAUCUAUCUUUUGUCCCCUCUUGCCCAAAAUAAUUCAUGCACCAGAGCCCUCUCUACUUUACGUCCGCCUCUGCGUUGGGGUGGGGGGGCAUGAUUGCAUGCCAGGGAGGGGACGACCCAAGCAAAUGUUUGCCCAGGGUCCAAUCCAUAUUAAAGACGGCCCUGAUACAAACUGACACACAGACAUACAUACUGACACACACACAGACAUACAUACUGACACACACACAGACAUACAAACUGACACACAGACAUACAUACUGACACACACAUAGACAUACAAACUGACACACAGACAUAUACUGACUGACACAUACAUACUGACACACAGACAGACAUACAAACUGACACACAGACAGACAGACACUCUUCAGUUUCCUACCUUUGAAAUAGGCUUCCUUCCCUGGGGUCCAGUGUGCUGGCUGGGGUAGUUGGGAGUUGGGGGUCUGGCUCUUCUUGCUCCCCCUCCUCACUGGAUGCUGGCUCAGCAGCCUCCCGCGCGGCCCGAUAUCUUUGAGGUGGGAGGAAGUGAUUUGCGGACGUCACUUCCUCCCAUGCAGCCGUUAAGCAAGGGGCCCGGUCGCGCUGUUAAAGGGCCACAGCACCGACCGGACCCCUGCUGGAACAUGCUCACUGGGUGGACCUAGGUAGGGAAAUAUUUUAAAAAAAUAAAUUUUUAUUGCAGGCGACGGGGCCGACAUGGCAGCUGCUUUGGGCCCCCCAUGAGUAACUGGGCCCAGGGCAGCUGCCCCGUUUGCCCCUCCUUAAAGACGGCCCUGAGAGGUGGUAACCUUCAACAGAUGUUGACCAUGCGUGAGAUGUUCUGGAUAUUUACAUUAUCCGCAAGGACAUCCCUGGGAUUAAAUGUUAAAUGUGAUCUCUCACUAUCUUAUUAAAUUCAUUUUAAAUUAAUCUGCCUGUAUGCCCCAUUGGGUAGUAUGAUUAUAUACAUGUAAUUAUCCUAGAAAUCCAUUUCUUCAUAUUUCUGUGGCACGUGAAUUUGGAAGAAGGUCAGGGUUUUGUUUUUUGUUUUUUGUUUUUUGUUUUCUUUUUUACUUGAGAGAGUAGCUUAUCCACUCAUGUGUUUUAUUAUAUAUAAUAUAAUAGGUUAGGUUACAAUAUUAUUUCAUGGAUACUUGGUUCAUUUAGGAUUUAAACUUGUCUCUGUCUAAUUUAUUUGUAUUUCUUGCUUGAACAACGUGGAUUCAUCUCCACUGUAUUUGUAUGUACUUUGGGUUUAUAUUGUAUAGGAGCCUAACAUCGUGAUAAUUACUUUGAGAGUGGACUAUUUAUUAUAUACCGUCAAUAAUGUUAUUUUUACAAACCAUUUCUGACCUUUUGAUUUGGGUUCAAACGUGGCUGGUUGAGUUUGAACCUUAUUAGGUGAAUCCUGACUCAGAUUCAGCCCCAGUUCUCCCUGUACAUAGUGAGUCUUUAUCCGUAAUAUUCUAUAAGGUGUUAUCAACUGUAGUGUGAUUAAACCCCAUCUCUAUUUUUUUUUUUUUUUUUUUUGUUGAUUUAACCUCUGACAUGUUAAUUGAGCCAUAGGUUAUAAUUGUCUCAUAUAGUUUACAGUAAGAUCAGUUAAUUUGUUUAUAUUUGUAUUUAAAUACAACUCUGAGUAAAUGUUGAGGAAGGACAAGCUAGCUAGAUUUAUAGCUAUGACACCUUUACACAGUGUGCAAUGGGAUGGAUUUAGGAUCAGGGAUCAUGGGGAGCUUCACCUUUGCCUACAACAAUGGCUGAUAUUUUGUUUUGAGUACCAGGACUGUGAGAUGAGACCUGAAUAUGGUGAUAAGCAUUAUUUAUUAACAUAAGCAGCUCAACAUUUAAGCAGUUGUGUGGGGAUCGGGAUCACAUAUUCGGACUUGACGUUACUGACCUUGAGAUGCACCCAAGGCGAGCAUGGGGAUAUCUUCAGACUCUGCAAUAAUCGAUUUGACUGAGCCCUUGAACGCGACUACUCUCGAACUGACGAAUGAUGUAUGAUUCCAUUUAUAGUGCUUAUCAAUAACCUGAUAAGGUCAGACCUAUUCAGCUUACCUCACCAGAACUGAUGAAUUAACUAUGAAAUGGGGAUAUCAUUGCUUAAUAAGUGGAGCCCUUGUCGAUCCACUUUUCAAAGCAUAAGUGUCACAUAUUGAUAAUGAUUUUAUAAACUCCUGUUGUAUGUAAACAUGAUGGAACAUAUUUUGUAGUAAGGCCCUGUCAGGUCUAUACAGCUAAGCUACAAUAGGAGAACUGUGAGUCUUGGUGAUUUUCUGAUUGUUUGUAUGUUAGUUUAUUUCUAAUCUAACUAUACCUAUUGUUAAAACUCAAUAAAAACUUUGAUUUACAAAUUGAAUUGAAUUGAAUUGGAACUGAAUGGGGGAUCCAUUUCAGAGCUUUUUGAGAGCUGUAGUGAAGCUCUAAUUUUCAUGUGCUGUGGAUCAUUUGUUUGCUAUAAGAGGACAGGAAACUGGGACUCUCUGAAUAUCUUGACAAAGUGGCUAUGGAUAUGAAACAAAUUGUUUGCAUAGCCAAAUGCGAAAUGCGUUGAUUGCUGUAUGUAUGAUAAAGAAGCUAAGCGCUGUAUGUCUUAUCUUUUUAAUUACUUAACCAUUUGGAAUGAAGUUUUUUCCUAUCUGCAAUUAAUGAACUGUGGUUUACCAGAAUAACUUGUUUCUUAUCUACUACUACGAUGUUCUCUGGAAUGACUACCGAGCAUGUUUCACAGAAGGAAGACUGUUAAUGUGAAUGUGAUUGUUUGCUUUGAUCAUUUGAAUUAUAUUAAGGAUCCAAGCAUUGGGAAGGAAGGUCCUCCUAUAUUUCCCAUUCAUUUUUAAUAAAAAAAGAGAUCAGUUGCCAAUUUUCAUCAGUAUUACUCUGACAGCUGAACUCAUGUGAAGACCUUCAAUGACUAUAGUAUAUGCUCAGCAUCAGAACUCCCAUAGAAAACAGUUUCAGCUCUAGGACUGGCUGAGGCACUUCCUGGUUUGGUGAGGACCAAAGAUCUUGUAAAUCUGCUUUAAAAUCUUCAUGUAUUAUUAGGGAUGGGCAAAAAAUUCAGUUUGGUUUGGAAAUUUGGGUAAGUAUAAAAAUUUGUCUGCUUUGGCAAUUCAGACCAAUGGCAUUCGGUUUAGCAAUUCGUAACUUCGGUAAUUCGGACCCUGACCCUAUACCCUAACCUCUAACCCAAACCACUUGUUUUGCAACUUUUCAGAAAUCCAAAGCACUUCGGGAACUUUGGCAAUUUGGUUUGGUUCAGCACUUCGGAAAUUCGGCAAUUCGAACUUCGGACAUUCGUAAGCAUCUAAAUGUCCGAAUUGCAUGAAAUUCGUCCAAAUCUACAUUCGGAAUGAAACGAAUUGAAUAUGUUUAUGUAUUAUUAUUAAUGGCAUUUACAUAGUACCAACGUAUUCCGCAGCACUUUACAAUAUUAUAAAGUUUGGAAAUUGAACAAUAAAUGUUCAACAAUAAAAGCAGUAUGAAAACCCACAGAAAACCAAAACAAGUAUUACCAAACCUUAGAUUGGUCAGGUUUAACAUAGGUAGAAAAGAGUAGUCAAAGAAUUGCCAAAAGUCAGGAUACCAGAACUCAGUAGAGCGUUACAAGAAUAGCCGGGACAGAAUACCAGAAAUCAGGAGGUCUAAAUACAAGCCGAGGCAGGUAACCAGAAAACAGGGAAAUCAAAAGCCAAGCAGAGUCAGUACACAGAAAUAACAAUAAAUACGCAGGAGAAUCAAAAUAGCACUAAGGAGAACACAAGGAACCACAAUAGGGCAAGGAACAAAGCAAAAGGUGCCCCUUCUAUAAGGGAAGAUCUUUUGCUUUAAGGCCAUGCCCCCAAAACAUUCUGGGCCGGUAUUGAUGAUCAGAGUCCGCGUCAUUGAUGUCAUGACAUUGGUGCAUAUGUGCCGCAUCAUAAAGGGGCGUGACUCCAGCGAUCGACGUAGGACAUGCCGAACUCGUUGGGAGAGGAGUCUGCCCUGGAUCCUUCACCAUGUGGGUGCGAUGGAACAAGGUAAGAGAUCGUGAUAGUGCCAACUCGAACCUGUAGAGCUGUGCAUGAGAUAUCACAGGACAUUUAGCAGCUUUUUACAUACUUAUUAAUGAUAUUCACAGCACCAGCUACUUGAAAUUUUAUAUUAGAGGACCUGCUGAGUAACCUGGUGUUUCUCAACCUCUUGUUUUCCAGAUUGGAGUAUACUCUACAUCACCAUAUUAACAUUUGUUCUGGUUGCACUCCUGAUGGGCCUUACUUGGCUCUGCAUUUGUUGCUGCAAAAGGUAAAAUUCAGAAAGGCAGAAAUAUUUUUUUCUGGUUCCUUAUUUAUUGUAUAUCCCUGACUGCUAUGACAAACUAUGAUAGAGUGAUGGAGACAGGUCAACCAAAGAUCUCAACUGACCACAGUACAUAAAUACCUAAAUAUCAGUGAGACUAACGAGGCAGAGAGCACAAAUUUUGCCAAACCACUCCAAAAUAGUCUGACAAAAUAUGAGGGGUUGGGACAGUUCCUAUAGACGAGGGGUAGGCAGCCUAUGACACUAGUGCCAUGCACGGCACUCGAGGUGUCUUUGCACGGCACUCAAGGCUGCUAGAGCCAAACAGGCUCUGGCCUAUCAGGAGUCCCAGUAAAACUUCAAAUAUCUGCUAAUACGAAAAGAUGGUGAAGGACAAUCCUCAAUUUAAGCAUUGCAGCACAUAGAGGAAAUGAUCUCAGAUCACUUCCUCCAAGCACUUGUGAAUGGGAAUCCACAACGUAGUAGAGCAGCCUGCAGCUGCUGUUGCAGCUCCUGUUGCAAGCCUGGUCCCCACUGGAACCCAGGGAAGCCAACCAUACUGCUAGAUAUACACCGAUAUUGUGGAUCAAACCAAGUGUUUAUCUGAGUAUCUGCUCCUUUCCAAACACGCUCUGAAGUAAAUCACACUGAGACACAGGUAUCAGGUUAAUGAAAAACUUCGGAAUGUUUACUCAGGGGGUGGCAAGCCCCUUAUAAAGGCAAAAAUACAUCAUAUGCAAUAAUGUAGAUAACAGAGAGAAUCCAUCUUUAAUUGGUUAGGUGUUAAAGGACCACUAUAGUGCCAGGAAAACAUACUCGUUUUCCUGGCACUAUAGUGCCCUGAAGGUGCCCCCACCCUCAGGUUCCCCCUCCAGCCCGGCUCUGGAAGGGGGAAAGGGGUAAAAACUUACCUUUUUCCAGCGCUGGGCGGGGAGCUCUCCACCUCCGAUCUUCUCCUCCCAUGCGGCUGAAUGCGCACGCGCGGCAAGAGCUGCACGCGCAUUCAGCCGGUCACAUAGGAAAGCAUUAUCAAUGCUUUCCUAUGGACGCUGGCGUGCUCUCACUGUGAAAAUCACAAUUUACUCCGGAUGUAGGUGCCAUCUUGUUACACAAGGUAGUUAGUCGGUGGAAGGGGGGGCUCUAGCAGCCAUUUUGAGUAGAUAUUGAAAACAGGUAUACACAGUAAAUAGACAUUUUACUAUCACUAAUUUACAUUCAUAACACAGAAAUGAAGAAUAACCCUCCCCUUAUACAAAUAAUACGAACAGCCCACACUCAAACAUACACACAAUCAGCUUAAACGCAACACCACUAACAAUCCACAUACAUGCACACAACCCCACAUGCAGCCUCUCACAUGCAAUACCCCAAACAGCCCACACACACUACCAAACACACAAUGUGACAUAUCCAUCCACACACAAUUCCACAAGCAGCCCUCAUACACAGCCCACAUUCAUAUGUAUCAUACACAAUACCAUAAACUACUAAUGAACAUAUACAAUAUAAUAGCUUAUAUACGCACAAAUACAACGAUGCAAAGCAACUGCAGUAAAAAUAACACAAGCAGAAUAUGGCAGCAUACACACCUCAAUUUAAAAAAAUAGGACCGGCACGCUACUGGACAUCACAAUCCUAUAUCGGCACAGUGCUGCUAAAAGGUUGCUUACCCCUGCUAUAGACUUAUAGCAACAUUACCACAACAAUGAGUUGUAUGGGGCUUCAAGUGCCCAAUUAAGAACUUUCUAAUAACUGACUAAAAAGUGUCCCUUUUUUGUUUAAUAAUAACCUAAAAAUGGGGGGCGGAGCCAGCAGCUAACCAGAGCAGACGUGCUUCAGCAGAGCUCCAACAAAAUAAGUCUAAAAACAGCAAAAUAACCCCUUUUAAAACACCCUAUUUCGACCACCAUCGCAAUAAAUUAAGAUGGGGAAGAAGAACAAACAUCAGGGGGCUGUGAAACCGACAGGGGCACAAGACAUUGGAGACCUCAAGCCUCAACGCGCCAAAACAACAUGGCGACACGGCCUCGGCCUCCUCCGAGGAACAAGCGAUGGAUGAGCUAGAUGAAUUCCCACACUCAGGGGGACUGCACCACCCCUCAUCCGAUGAGGAUAAUGAGCUGCCCUCUACGAAAGGGGAUAUUAAAGCCCUUCUCUGCCACAUCCACAAACUGUUUGCAGCAGACAUCGCUGCGAGAAGAAAUACACAGCGUGGAGGAACGAGUCAAGUCUGUGGAGGAAGACUCGCAGGGUCUCACUGCACAAUACACGCAGCUGGAAGCCCACAACGCAAAAUUGCAGCGCACACAGUCUCAACUUAACAGCCGCCUAGAUACUUUGGAGGACCGACACAGGAGCAGGAACGUUAAGAUCCAGGGGAUCCCGGAGACAGUGGCCCCAGGGGACUUACCACAAUACAUCAGGAGGCUCCCUACCUCCUUACUCACGCCACAACAGGUGGAAACAGCCACAGUCGAUGGGGUCUACCGCAUACCAAGGGCUGCCAGAGCACCGGCAGACACCCCACGAGAUGUCAUACUGCAACUCCUGACACGGUCGGCCCAACUCCCCUUCAUGUCAGCGGUGAGAGGGAAAGCCACUAUCCCAUUUGAAAACACCACCCUGUCCUUCUACCAGGACUUGUCCAGACCCACCUUACUAUGGAGAAGCCGGCUAAAACUGCUGACCACUACACUUGGCCAACACUCCAUCCCUUACCACUGGGCAUUCCCCAGGAGCCUGGUCAUCUCCCAUGGGGGAGCGACAACCCGCAUAACCCGAAGCGGAGGAGAUGGAAUCGGUACUCACCGCACUGGGACAACACUCAAUACAAACCACACAGGUCCCAAGACAACAACCCCCUCACAUAUGGGACGUAUCUAAAGUCCGACCGUUCCAGCCUUCCGGAGCCACCGCAUCAACUAAUACAGCGUUCAAAGCACAAAGGGUCGGCCAUCAGCCAAAUGGGCAGCUGAGAGGAAGGAGAGACAGCAGGGCGGCAAGGCCACUGGACUACAUAAACACUGAGCCGGAGUUCAAGUUUGAUUUUAAUUUCAUUUAAACUUUAAUUUUGUUUUUAUAUCUUAUUCAAAGUUGCCUAACCUGUUUCAACGCAUCAUGACCCACCUGUGUAUUAUGCAUCCAGAAUCAGGCUGUAAGCACAUUUUCACUUGCAUACUUGCGGGGCUAUAUGAUGACAUAGUUAGGCGCAACCUGCCUUGCAGACCCAGAGUGUACCCUCACAUACUUGAAUCGAACUAGUUUGCAAACCAUGUAGCAUGCCCAACAAGUACACUCAAGGUGUCAGGUCCUAAGCAAAUCCUUAACACUAAUUAGAAGCGAUAAUAUGGUGACGACACCAGAUCAACCGGCCACUAAACCCCAUAGCAUGUUAUCACACUAUCAAAUAAGAUCUGUUACAGGCAUCAACUGUUCAAACGAGGAAGUACAAUAUAGGUUUCCACAGCACAGUAAUAUGUUUCACUUACGUGCCUACUAUGCCUUAUUCUGACAGUGCAGCAGUUUAGAUCAGCUUGUCAUACACACAGAAAGUUGUGAAAUCUUUGGUUUGACUUAGGAACCACCCUGAAUCCUCUAACACCUCACCGCUAGCUUAAGCAUUAAUCCAUCCACCCAUUCCCUGCAUAACGUUACUCUAGACAUCAGUUACUACAACUUACAAUGUGCAGGACUUCUAUAUAAAUAUAAAUCUACAGUAUAAGCAUGACUACAUUUUAUAAAAAUGUGCAUUUCUCUUUUCUGCCAUGACAUUGUAUAACUGUUUGACUAUAUCGGUUUGUUGUGCCGUCGUGGCUCUGCAGACCAGUUUGUAAUUCUCUGCACAAAAAAUCAAGAAUUAAAAAGAAAAAAUAAUAACCUAAAAAUAUAACUUGUAACUAUUAGUAUAUCAGUUCAAAUAUUCAAAUUUUCCAAUUAUAUGAUAUUAUUUAUACAUUUUUAACACGUUCACUUUAGCAGAAAGCGAACAAAAAUACGAAAGAAAACAAAAUAUACGAUCCUGGAUAAUAUCGAUGAGCAGGAAAGAAUGGAAUUAAGGCCAAAAUAUGGUAAGUAAAAAUUGUCCUAGUAUUAUUAAAUAUAAUUAUGUUAAAUUCUUUGUUUGAUGUUGAACUGUAUUAGCUUGACCUUGACUUAAUUGACUGGGAAGGGGUGGAUGGUGAUCACGGGAAAACUAUAAGCAAGGGAAAAUGCUGUAGUGGAUAAAGAGAAUAUAUAUCUUAACAAAAUUUACAUUAGUGUAAUUGGAGCAUGUUCCAAAUUAUUUAUGUUUCCAUACAGCACAUAAUCCAUGACUUACAUAUAACUAUCAUCAUCAUCAUUGGGAGGUCUAGAAUGUGUCUGUUAGUAUAUAUUACACUGGAUUUCUAAGGCCAGAAUAAUACAAUAUUAACAGCUAAACAAAUUAGAAUAAAUAUGUAAAAUUAAUUUACAUGUCAGAGGAGCUUUCCUCAUAAGAUAUAACCCCAGUUGGAUUCAUUAUAAAAGUAAAAGCCACCUCCCAUAUCCCUUAUUACGUAUGGCAUUCCCAUCAUAUACGUCCAUAGUGUCCAGUCCCUGAGCUAUUUUUCCAGCACUGUGUACUCUAGGUCGAAUAGAUAAAGUAGUACUAAACAUCAAAAGAUAAACAUUUUCUAGAUUCUUUUUAUAGGUGUUGGUACAGUUUGUAAACCACAUUAAUCCCACAGAGCUACUCAAAUGAAAAUGAGUAUUUAUCAAACCAAAACAAGGUUUAAUGUUCAACGUGAUGAUGACUGAUCAAUUUUGUUUAUCUCUAAAAUGAGACAAAUAAGUUGAUGGGGCCUGAUGGAAUACACCCACAGUUAUUAAAAGAGCUUAGUGGUGUACUAGCAAAACUAUUAACGGAUUUAUUUAACCAAUCAUUGUUAACAGGAGUAGUCCCAGAAGAUUGUAAUUUAACGAAUGUUGUGCCCAUUCACAAGAAAGGUAGUAGGGAGGAGUCAAGCAACUAUAGGCCAGUAAGCCUUACUUCAGUAGUGGGGAAAGUAAUGGAAACCAUGUUAAAGGAUAGGAUUGUUGAACAUCUUAAAUCACAUGGAUUUCAAGGUCAGAGACAACAUGGGUUUACUUCAGGGAGAACAUGCCAAACUAAUCUUAUUGAUUUUUUGGAUUGGGUAACUAAACUAAUAGAUCAGGGUAGUGCAGUAGACAUUGCUUCAGGGCCGCCUUCAGGGGGUGACAACCAUAGCGGUUGUCACGGGCCCGGCAGGCCUGGGGGGCCCGUCCGACCGUGCCCCACGUGGAGCGGCGCAACUGCCGCAGGUGCAUCUGCACCGGGGCCCAUCAGGUGGCCCAAGCAUUUAGAGCCACCCGAUGGGCCCUAUAUCUUCCGGGGCCCGGUCAGCGCUGCGGGCGUGUAAUUGCGCGACCGGGCCCCUUUAAAAAAAAUUGAGGCUGCACCGCAAGUGCUGCUGAGAGGAAGUGAAGUCCGGUCACUUACUCCCAGCUUACUCCGCGUGGGGGGAGAGCAGCGGGAGAGCGGAGGACAGGAGAGGACACCAGAGGCAUCCGCUCCCAUCAUCCCCAGCCACCCACCUGCAACUUAAAGGUAAGAGAAGGAUGGAUGAUAAAUGAGGUGUGUGUAUAUAUGUCUGUGUGUGUGUCAGUAUGUAUGUCUGUGUGUAUGUCAGUAUGUAUUUAUGUCUGUAUGUAUGUCUGUUUGUCAGUAUGUAUGUCUGUGUAUGUGUCUGCAAGUAUGUAUGUGUGUGUGUAUGUCAGUAUGCAUGUAUGUCAGUAUGUAUGUAUGUCUGUAUGUAUCAAGUAUGUACGUCUGUGUGUGUGUGUGUGUAUGUCAGAAUGCAUGUAUGUCAGUAUGUAUAUGUGUCUGUGUGUGUGUCAGUAUGCAUGUAUGUCUGUGUGUAUGUCAGUAUAUCUGUGUGUAUGUAUCUAUCUGUAUGUCAGUAUGUAUAUAUGUCUGUAUGUAUGUAAGUAUGUGUGUAUGUAUGUAUAUAUCUAUCUAUCAGUAUGUAUGUCAGUUAGCAUGUAUGUCUGUGUGUGUGUAUGUCAGUAUGUCUGUAUGUAUCUGUGUAUGUAUAUAUCUAUCUGUGUUUGUGUGUGUGUGUAUGUCUGUAUGUAUGUAUAUCAGUAUGUAUGUAUAUGUAUGCCAUUAUGUAUGUAUGGAUGUCAGUAUGUAUGUAUGUCUGUAUGUGUAUGUCUGUAUGUCAGUUUGUAUGUAUGUCUGUUUGUCAGUAUGUAUGUAUGUCUGUAUGUAUGUGUGUGUGUCAGUAUGUGAGUAUGUAUGUACGUCAGUGUGUGUGUAUGUCAGUAUGUGUGUAUCUGUGUAUGUGUCUAUAUGUGUGUAUGUCUGUUUCAGUAUUUGUGUGUAUCUUUCUGUGUGUGUGUCUGUGUCCUUUUGUGUCUGUGUGUGUGUAUUCCUGUGGAGGCGAGCACCUGCGGGCCCAGACCUUGAGCUGUGUUAGGGGCCCCACAAUUUCUGAUGGCGGCCCUGCAUUGCUUACCUAGAUUUCAGUAUGGCUAUUGACACUGUCGGACAUAGAAGGCUUAUCGAUAAACUUCGAUCUUUAAGUUUGGAUUCCAAUAUUGUUAAAUGGGUUAGUCGGUGACUGAGUUGUCCCUGACAAUGGAGUAUAGUCGAAGCAAGGUCUUGUUACCAGUGGGGUACUUCAGGGAUCUGUACUUGGACCCAUUCUCUUUAAUAUUUGUAUUAGUUAUAUUGCAGAAGGUCUUGAUGGUAAGGUAUGUCUUUUUGCUGAUGAUACUAAGAUAUGUAACAGUGUAAUGUUCCAGGAGGGAUAAGCCAAAUAGCAAAUGAUUUAGGUAAACGAGAAAAAUGGUCAGAGCUGUGGCCACUGACAUUUAAUGUGGAUAAGGGCAUGAUAAUGCAUCUUAGACAUAAAAACCAAAGGGCAGAGUACAGAAUAUUUGAGUUGUCCUAACCUCAACAUCUGAGGAAAGGGAUUUAAGGGUAAUCAUUUCAGAUGACUUAAAGGUAGGCAGACAGUGUAAUAGAGCAGCAGGAAAUGCUAGCAGAAUACUUGUUUGUAAAGGAAGAGGUAUAAGCAAUAGCAAGAGGAAAGUGCUAAUGCCAUUGUACAGAACACUGGUGAGACCUCACUUGGAGUAUUGUACACAGUACUGGAGACCGUAUCUUCAGAAGGAUAUUGAUACCUUAGAGAGGGUUCAGAGAAGGGCUACUAAACUGGUUCAUGGAUUGCGGGAUAAAACUUACCAGAAAAGGUUAAAGGAUCUUAACAUGUAUAGUUUGGAGGAAAGACGAGACAGGGGGAUAUGAUAAAAACAUUUAAAUACAUAACGGGAAUCAACACAGUAAAAGAGGAGACUAUAUUUAAAAGAAGAAAAACUACCACAACAAUAGAACAUAGUCUUAAAGGACCGCUAUAGGCCCCACACCACUUCAGCUUAAUGAAGUGGUCCAGGUGCCAGGUCCCCCUAGUUUUAACCCUGCAGCUGAAAACGAAACUGCUAUGUUUACACUGGAGUAAAUCACACUUAUUUGACGCUGGACGUCCUCAUGGAGUCCGGCAUCAAAGAUAUCCCCAUAGGAAAGCAUUGAGUAAUGCUUUCCUAUGGGCGGGUUUGAAGGCACUCGCGUGCCUCUGGCCGCUCAUGUGCAUUCGGCUCCACUCGGGAGCGGACGUCGAUGGAGAAGGAGAGGUCACCAGUGCUGACGGAGCCCGGCGCUGAAUUAAGGUAAUCAAUUAAAUGGUUCAUUAACUAUUUAUUCGCCAUGGAACGGGGCCCUAGUCACCUAAACGGUGACUAGGGCUCUAUAGCGUUAGGAAUACAUAUUUGUAUUCCUAACACUAUAGUGUUCCUUUAAACUAGAGGGGCCAAGGUUUAAAAAUAACAUAAGGAAGUACUAAUUUACUGAGACGGUAGAUGCAUGGAAUAGCCUUCCAGCUAAAGUGGAAGAGAUUAACUCAGUGAAGGAGUUUAAGCAUGUGUGGAAUAGGCAUAAGCAGGGCCGGACUGGGAAUGAAAACCAGUCCUGGAAAUAAAUGCAUACCAGCCCAACAGCAUACAAUUUAAUACACUGCCCCCUUCUCACAAUUUAAUUCACUGCCCUCCUCCACCCAAUUUAUUACACUGCCCUACCCUUCUCAAUUUAUUACACUGCCCCCCUCCCCACAAUUUAAUACACUGCCCUCCCUCCUCCCUAUUCAAUACACUGCCCCACCUCCCUAUUCAAUACACUGCCCUCCCUCCUCCCUAUUCAAUACACUGCCCCACAUCCCUAUUCAAUUCACUGCCCUCCCUCCCUACGCAAUACACUGUCCCCCUCCUUCCAAUGUAAUACAUUGCCCUCCCCCCAAUUCAAUAAAAUGCCCACUCCUCACAAUUUAAUACACUGUCCCACUCCUCCCAAUUCAAUACACUUCCCCCUCCUCCCAAUGUAAUACACUGCCCUCCCCCCAAUUCAAUACACUCCCUUUACAAUACACUGCCCUCCCUCCCCACAAUUUAAUACACAGCCCUCCCUCCUCCCUAUUCAAUAUACUACCCUCUCCUCCCAAUUUAAUACACUGUCCUCCUCCUCCCAAUUCAAUACACUGCCCCCCUCCUCCCAGUGUAAUACACUGACCUCCCCCCAAUUCAAUACACUCCCUUUACAAUACACUGCCCUCCAUCCCCACAAUUUAAUACACUGCCGUCCCUCCUCCCUAUUCAAUACACUGCCCCCUCCCUAUUCAAUACACUGCCUUCCCUCCCUAUUCAGCACUGCCCCCUCCUUCAAAUUUAAUACACUGUCCCCCUCCCCCUAAUUCAAUACACUGCCCCACCUCCUCCCUUUUCAAUACACUGCCUUUCCUCCCCACAAUUUAAUUCACUGCCCUCCCUCCUCCCUAUUCAAAACACUGCCCCCCUCCCAAUUUAAUACACUGUCCCCCUCCUCCCAAUUCAAUACACUACCCCCUCCUCUCAAUAUAAUACACUGCCCUCCCCCCAAUUCAAUACACUCCCUUUACAAUACACUGCCCUCCCUCCCCACAAUUUAAUACACUGCCCUCCCUCCUCCCUAUUCAAUAUACUGCCCCUCUCCCUAUUCAAUACACUGCCCCCUCCUCCAAAUUUAAUACACUGUCCCUCCUCCCAAUUUAAUAAUACACUGCCCUCUCUCCUUUUCAAUACACUGCCCUCCCUCCCACAAUUUAAUACACUGCCCUCCCUCCCUAUUCAAUACACGGCCCUCCCUCCCUAUUCAAUACACUGCCCCCUCCUCCAAAUUUAAUACACUGUCCCCUCCUCCCAAUUUAAUACACUGCCCCCUCCUCCCUUUUCAAUACACUGCCCUCCCUCCCCACAAUUUAAUACACAGCCCCCCCUCCUCCCUAUUCAAUACACUGCCCUCCCUCCCUAUUCAAUACACUGCCAUCCCUGCCCACAAUUUAAUACACUUCCCCCCAUUCCAACAAUUUAAUACACUACCCCCUCUUCCCUAUUUCCUAUUCAAUUCACUGCGCCCCCUCCUCACAACUUCCCCACAAUUUAAUACACUGCCACCCUUCCCACAAUUUAAUACACUGCCCUCCCUCCUUCCUAUUCAAUACACUGCCCCCACCCUAUUGAAUACACUGCCCUCUCUUCCCACUAUUUAAUACACUUUCCCACCCCUUCCCACAAUUUAAUACACUGCCCUCCCUCCUCCCUAUUCAAUACACUGCCCCCUCCCUAUUCAAUACACUGCCCUCCCUUCCCACAAUUUAAUACACCGCCCCUUACUCCCUAUUCAAUACACUGCCCCUCUCUCCUCACAUCCUCCCCACAAUUUAAUACACUUCCCCCCUCCCCACUAUUUAAUACACCCCUCCCCCACAAUUUAAUACAAGCUGCCCCCCUCCCCACAAUUUAAUACACUGGCCCCCUCCCCACAAUUUAAUACUGCAGAGAAUUUGACAGUACAUCCAACCGGCUUCACAACCGCAGACCACAUGUAACCACACCAGCCCAGGACCUCCACAUCCAGCAUCUUCACCUCCAAGAUUGUCUGAGACUAGCCACCCGGACAGCUGCUGCAACAAUCAGUUUUCAUAACCAAAGAAUUUCUCCACACACUGUCAGAAACCCUCCCAGGUAAGCUCAUCUGGAUGCCAGUCAUCCUCAUCGGGGUCUCGAUCUGACUGCAGUUCGUUGUCGUAACUGACUUGAGUGGCCAAAUGCUCACAUUCGAUGGCGUCUGGCACUUUGGAGAGGUGUUCUCUUCACGGAUGAAUCCUGGUUUUCACUGUACAGGGCAGAUGGCAGACAGCGUUUAUGACAUUGUGUGGGUGAGCGGUUUGCCGAUGUGGAUCGAGUGGCCCAUGGUGUCGGGCUUAUAGUAUGGGCAGGCAUAUGUUAUGGACAAUGAACACAGGUACAUUUUAUUGAUGACAUUUUGAAUGCACAGAGAUACCGUGACGAGAUGCUGAGGCCCAUUGUUGUGCCAUUCAUCCACAACCAUCACCUCAAGUUGCAGCAUGAAAAUGCACAGCCCCAUGUUGCAAGGAUCUGUACACAAUUCCUGGAAGCUGAAAACAUUCCAGUUCUUACAUGGCCAGCAUACUCAGCAGACAUGUCACCCACUGAGCAUGUUUGGGAUGCUCUGGAUCUGUGUAUACGACAGCGUGUUCCAGGUCCUGCCAAUAUCCAGCAACUUCGCACAGCUAUUGAAGAGGAGUGGACCAACGUUCCACAGGCCACAAUCAGCAACCUGAUCAACUCUAUGUGAAGGAGAUGUGUUGCAGUGCGUGAGGCAAAUGGUAGUAACAGAUACUGACUGGUUUUCGGACCUCCCCGGAACCUGACAAUACAGUAAAACUGCACAUUUUAGAGUGGCCUUUUAUUUUGGCCGGCCUAAGGCACACCUUUGCAAUAAUCAUGCUGUCUAAUCAGCAUCUUGAUAUGCCACACCUGUGAGGUGGAUGGAUUAUCUCGGUAAAGGAGAAGUGCUCACUAACACAGAUUUAGACAGAUUUGUGAACAAUAUUUGAGAGAAAUAGGCCUUUUGUGUACAUAGAAAGUCUUAGAUCUUUGAGUUCAGCUCAUGAAAAAUUGGAGGGAAAACAAAAGUGUUGCGUUUAUAAUUUUGUUCAGUGUACUUGAACAUUCCUCUUUAUUAAAAAGUUCAGUCUGGUCUGAGCCAAAUAAUGUUCAUUAGAAAAUAUGGCACCCUCCAUCCAUACAUUUCAAUGGGAAAUUUUGAAUAAGUAAUCAAGCAUUCUCCCUGUGAAAACAAUUUUGGCUCACCUGAAUUUGUCUUGUUUUAUUCUAAUUUGGCAUCACAUUUUACGAAAAAUUAAAUCUAACCUAAGCCAAAUAAUAUUGAUAAUAAUAUAUGGCACCAAACCUGACACCCUUACAUCCAUGCAUUUCAAUAUGUAGAUUUUAAAAACAUAACCAAGCUUUUCCCGCCCAAGCUCACACAGAUUUGGCUUGUUUUCUACUGGGCAUUCCAUGUGUCUCCUUCAACCUGGCCUGAGCCAUAUGAUAUUAAUUUUAUAAUAUGGCACUAAAUAUGACACCAUAACAUCCAUGCAUUUCAGUGGGAAAUUCUGAAUACGAUUAUGAAAACAAUUUUGGCUUGCCCAAUUUUGGCUUAUUUUAUAGUAAUAGGGCUCCUUGCAGGAAACAAAUGUAGCCUAUCCAAAUGAUAUAAUGAAAUGUGUCCCUGAACAUGGCAUAGAAUCUUGUAUUUUAUAGGGAAGUUUUGAAGUGUGAAUAUCAUGUUCACUCACUUAAAUAUUUAUUAGUUUUUCUUCAAUGGUCUAAUCUCUACAUUAAACAUUAAAUGUAGCCACGGUCAAACAAUAUUUAUGAUUAAAUGUAGCCCCUUCAUGAUACAAAAUCUCUGCAAUUUAUUGGAAAAUUCUGAAUAAGUAACAGUUUGUACUCUAUGAAAAUUAGCUUGGCUCUCCCAUACUGUGAUUGGUAAGUGUUCUUAGGGCACUAUUUUAUAUGACACAAUUUAAUCUAUUGUCAAUUAAGUAAUACUUAUCUACUUCCAUUAUAAAAUUCAUGCAUUUCAGAUUAAAUUUAUGACCAUACAAUUUUAGUUUUCUUCUAUAAAAAGUUUGAUUUACUUAAAAAAAUGAGAGUGUGAUGGAAGUCAAAGGAACAGUGCAAGCAAAUAACUAAAGCUCACAAUAGUGGUUAUGGUGCAAGGAGUACCCUGGCAACCUUCUAGCUUAAGUAGUCAAACCAUUAGAGUUGACAGCUGGAUACCUCCUUCUACGGAGCUGGAAGUUUCUGCAUGAAAAUUCUGUUAGCUCCACUGAGCUAAACCUUGACAAAGAAGGUAAGGGUAAGGUGGAUAAGUAGGUUGCUAGGAUAGUAUUCACUGAGUGUUAUGUUUUUAUGAUACAAGCAGGAAUGGAAUCAGGGCGCGGGGAGAUAAAGCCGUUCACAUAUGGGAGCAGUCCAGUUAAUUUUUCAAAUUUCCCAAUUGAAAUACAUGGAUGUUAGGAUGCCAGGUUAGUUGUGAAAUUUUAUGACCAACAUCGUUUGGCUCAAACUAGAUAUGAGUUUUUGGAAGUUUUCUAAAUUGUUGUUUAGUAGAUAAUCACAUUCAUGAAAAAUACGCUGUAUGUUAUUGGAUGCAGUAUGAUACUUAUUAGUGACUUUGCUAUAGCUGUGAUGUUCUAGUGUAUGGCUAUGUGUUAUUUUACCCUUAUGUGUAAUCUCUCCCUUUGAGAAACUUUAAUAAAAAAAUAAUUGAUAAAAAAAAUAAGCUGGGUGAAUAGGAAGCUCACUUCAACCUUCGAAUAAGGAUCUGUCCGAAUAAGAAGUUAACUUGAGCAUCAUGGACACCAGUAUAACUUUAUGUAGGGGUUCUGGAGACAAUAUCGUACUAACCCAGUGGGGUCCACCCCAGUUGACAGGCAGCAGAGGGGCGCACAGACCACCUGCCUUCUGACAGUGGGUGCUUGCUGAUUCCACUGAGCAGACAUUGCAGGCAGCAGGCGACCUGCUGGGAUCAGUCUGUGCUCCCUGCUUUAUGUAACAUUACCCCAGCCCCAGCAUCAGUUCCGAGCUGCAGGGAGCUGUGCAUUCAGUGCACACACUAAUCCCAGCAGUAAACCAAUGGACACCAGAGAUCUUUAAAAAAAAUCUACUAUUAAGGGGUGGAAAUAUACAUUGUUUCCCUGGCUGCCAGGUACUCCUUUUGCUGUAGGCUUCCAUUUUGACAGCUUAGUGGAUAAAUAUCUUGGAAAAAAGAGUAAUCGUUACAUGUUCUCAUGCGCCCUACUCCAUGCAAUAACAGGGAAAAAAAACAUGGAAUGCUUGGCCUAAUGGAACACCAGGUGAUUGUAGCCUGCCCCUUUUAAAUGACCUUGAAGAUGGCUAACGUUUUAUUAAUAUUCAACAAAGAGGGUAGACUGAACAAUCCAUCUAUGAGUGAGUUACUGAAUGAUGAACUGGCCAUGAAGCUGUAAAGCUACAGGUCAACACAAUAUAUUGCCUAGUUAAAGAAUUAAAACUGAUCUAAGUGUCACUUAACUUUUGCAGAAUUAAGCUGAUAGAACUUUAAUUGUAUCACCUUCAUUACUCAACAGGAAUAAAGCACAGAAGUACAGAACACAAUUCCAGCUUGAUGGUGUCCGAGUCGGAGUUUGAAAGUGACCAGGAUACCAUAUUCAGCCGUGAGAAGGUGGUGGACUGUGAGCAUCCAAAAAAUAUUCCUAGUAGUGGGGCUCUCAAAAAUGGUGCACCUUUUAACUUUAGCUCAAACUGCAGAUAG